UUGUGCUUCUUUAUAUGUUUAACUUUAACACAAAUGUAUUUUAUUUUUAAGUCAUUAUAAGCUAUCCAAGAUAAAAGAUAGUCAAGUCAGUGUUUAUUAAUAAAGCACCUUUAAAAGACAGCAGUCAAACAAAGUGCUCUACAUAGGAUAAAUAAAUGAAGUAAAAAAAGAAAUAGAUAACAAUAAAAAGAAUAAAAUUUAAAACAGUAGAAUAAAAUACAGACAGUAAAAAAAAAAAAAAGAAAGCUACAGUGCCUCUGAUUCCUGUGUGUUCACAAAGAAAUGUUCAUUUUAGGGGAUAAACCAUCUAAAAACCCACUUUUAUUCCUUGGCUUUUGACCCAGCAUGAGAUGGCAUUUAGUUUAUUGCUUUUUGUUAUAUUUUAAAACAACUAUUUAUUGAUGUUUUAUGUUUUUAUGUUAUUAUGAACAGCACUUUGUGUCAGCUUUGGUUGUAUGCUCUAUUAAAAAAGUAUUUAAGUGCUCAAUAUUAAUAAAGUUGAGUUGAGUUAAGGAGAUUUAUUUUACAACUGGCAAAAUAUUGAAAGACUCUGAUGCAUUUAAGUGACAGUUUUAACCAAAGUUAAAUUACCCUCACUUAGAUUCUUGUAACACAAAAAUGUAUUACCCCCCUUUUUAAAUAGUUUUCUGUUUUUAAAGGUCUUGUUAUGUAGUUUUACAGCAUUUUCUAUCAUUAGAUUAGAUAAGAUGUUCCUUUUAUAGUCCUACAGGGGGAAAUUCCAAAAUUACAGCAGCAGGGUAGAGAUACGAAAACGACAAAACUAAAAAAAUACAUAAAUAAUCUGAGUGAAAACAAGAUAUGUGCAUGCGUAACUGUAUUUUUCAAAUCUUAGGUGGUCAAAAUGGCAAAAAUGCAUCAGGCUAUGUGUGUUAAUUGACGUUUUUAUCUCCUCUUAAAAACUUUAAUUAAUUUAUUGCACCAGUAUUUUCCAUUAAUCGGGCUCUGUACGCACCAGUGUCUUUUGCUGAGAUGUUUGUGAAAUACAAUACAGUGGAAAAUUCAGAUGACAAACACAAGAGAGACAUUUUCAGUCUAUUAACAAAUGCCUCAAAAUUACUCUUACAUGCAACUAAAACAAGUUCACUUCAUAUUUUUCACAAUUUCCAAACAAAAAAACGCUUAAUGUGCAAAGUUAAGAACAGGAAUCUGAAAAAUCCGAGCAUAGUAGGAGUACGUGAACGCAUCGCAGGAUCCACUACUGAGUGAAGCGUCUCCGGAUCCUCAGAGCGGGACUGAGGGAGCGAGGGAGCCGGAGACACGGAGCGGGGGGACAAACACGCUGUAUCGGAUACUUAACUUCACAUCUUUGACUCUUCAAAUCCUGGACAUGAAAUCCGCAUUUUAACCGCGUUGAGAAGUGAACUCCAACCCAAGAUGACGGUGGAUUUCGAAGAAUGUAUCAAAGAUUCACCCCGAUUUAGGUAAGAACACGAAACUCUGCACUGUUUCACUCCACAGUUCUCCACAACACUGCACCAUUUCUACUAUUCCUGGGUUUAAUCACGUUAAAUCUCUCUUGUUGUGAAUGCACACGUGAUUUCUCCAAGAGUUGACUCUGUUGUGUUGCAUUUACGGACUGAAUAGUGUCACGUAUUGUGGGGUUCAGUGCAGGCAGAUCUUUGCCUCACAGACUGGAGUGUCUUACAGUAGGCAUGAGGAUGAGCAAUGCAGCCAUAUGAGAUGUCACAUGGGCUGAAUGAGAGCUUGUUAUUAAAUUACGAGACAUUUUCAUGCAUUUUUCCAUUUAUUAGAGUUAAAAUUUGGACAUGAUGCAGCUCAAACUUUGGAUUUGUCUCAGGCGUGUGUUCCUCUUUUCUAAAAAAAAGUAAAAUAUCACUCAUCAUCUGCUUUAAAUCAUCUCCUGUAUUUAUUUUCUGUCUGUGAGAAUCUGUGUCGGGGCUCUGAAGUUUAAACAGUGUCAGUAAUCUUUGGAUCAGAGGAAACUGAAGGCUUCCCCGCACAGCCUGCUGCAAAGCCCCCCUGACCGCCGUGCACCAAAGGUUACAUAAAUAAGGCAGGAAUUUUCUACACCCACAUCUGAACCUGGUCCUCCGCUCCCAGAGAGUCCAGAGCUGCUGAGAGGCUGCGAGGGGAGGGUGCAAAUAUGAAGUGCAGACAAGUAGACCUCAUAAAACACUCCUGCAGAGAUUUCAGAUUAAAGAGAGUGAAUCAGGAGGUGUUUGAUUGGAUAAAUAACCUCACUUUGAGACUUCCUCAGUGGCACCUCCAUCUGCAGACAGGAACGUCUCAGGAAGUGCUGAGUGAGGGUGUUUUUACUAACCAGCUCCUUCCUUUGUAAGACAAGUCAGAUUGUUUGCAGCUCUCUGUUAAGAUGCUUUCAUGCACAGUUGGAUAAAGUAAACUCUUAUCUGACUGGAGCUGUGAGUGUGGAAUGAAAACACACCUCUUCCUCCUCCUCCUCCUCCUCCUCCUGCAGAUGUUUCUCUUUUGACUUACAGGAUGCAUGUAACUUAAUCAUAUCAUUAUUUCCCCGAUACUUGAAUACUCUAGAAACCGGCACGUGAGAGUGUUACUCAUCCAUAGUUGAAGAGAUGAUGAUCUCAAACCUCUUCACCUCAUCUAAACUCUUCGUAAUCAGCCUUUUCUCACAUUUUCAUAACUGUAACGUCGUCUUAUCUGCGGGCAGGCAGACUGAGUCAUCAGCUCAAAUCCAGAUGUCUGUGUGGGUUUAGAUACUCUGUAAACUGGUGUGUGUGUAGAGUCAAGGUCCCAGAGUUUAUUUUUAGUAACACACAAGCUCAAAUCCAGCAGGGAUACGGUAUUCUGAGUGUUUCAUAGAUGGCUGUGAUUAUUGAUUUUUAUGAUGCUUCAUUUUUCUGUAUCUAGAAUUCAGUGUAAAUAAACGGAAGCAUCACUGAUUAUCAGGGCUUCAUUAAAGCUCCUAUGAGUAACUUUCGGUUUGUGUCAAUAUUGCUGAAGUUGUGUUUCUAAGCAUGUUGACUUACCCGGGAUUUCCACUGCAUUUAGAACGGCUCCGAUCCGGAACAGCAGCGAUUUUCCCCAUUUGCCAAUUCCUACCAGAUCCGUUUGUGAGGUGACAGCAGGAAUCGCGAGAACUUACAAGAACCCGCGGAUUCACCGGCAAUCGCGCGAUAACAAGUUGUCUUUAGCCACAUAGGCUAACCAUAGAAGCAGUAGUUUGUGUCCUUCCAGAGGAGGAAAUCUACUUCUAGACUUCUAAAAUCAGCAUCUCCUCAUCCAUGGUGUCAUCGGGGUGAAAUGACAUCUAAAAACCUUUGAGUUUUUCGUCCCCGCCGGUUUGCAUGGUGUGAAAUACAAUCCGCCUGAAGCACAGAGUGUUUUAUUUUGACAAGAAGCCAGAAAAAAUAGAACUCUUGCGAUCUGCAGCGGAACGGAAAGAAGCCGGUGGAAAUUGACACAUUGACUUGAAUGGUUACGAUCAGCUACGAUCGGUGGAUACAGCCUUUUCGUAGCCGUUCUGGAUGUGGUGGAAAUUGGGGGUUAUGCUGCAUUCCAGUUGUAGGUCAGGAUUUCUGAGCUACAAGUCGGAAAUUCAUCUGGAACGCCCCCUGAAGUCGGAUGAUCCUCACCGACCCCAUUUCGAUGACAACGUCACAAUUCAAGAUGGCAGCGCAGUGAAGCUGGUUUCAGGUGUCAAAAAUUACCAUUUAAAACCCAUCAAUCCGCUUUCUACUGGACCUAUUUGCUUGUAUAUAUCAUAAAAAAGCAGCAAUAUGAGUUUCAGCCUAUUCCAUAAAGACUGAAAAAUUCCUCACAGGAGCUUUAAAAGUUAAGAGGGGAAUGAAAACACUGAAUAUUUGCUCGUUUCAGACCCUUAAAAACAGGAUUUUGGGGCUUCUUUAAUAGUUUUUUUUUUGGCGGAUUUCAUGAAAUUUCGUAAAGACAUUGUUCGAUUUUUAUUCCACAUUAAUCGUUGCAGCGUUGGCUUCAUACUCGGUUAAUGUAAGUGUUCCUGCCCUUUGUGUUUAAGUCUCUUUCAUCUGCUUCCCAGGCUGUUUAAAUGACCAGAAAAGACGCUGAAAGAGGCAAAAUCAACUCGUGUUCUUGCAGCCAGUGAAGCCUGUAACGGUGUUUUCACAGAGCAUUCAGACGGGUUCUUUGUGGGGCUAAAAGCGGCGCUGUGUGGUGUUAUGUAACAACCCUGGAGGUGGAUGACUGGGAGGAAGGGACAGAGCACAGAGCACAGGAAAAUCGAGGUUUUUCUUUAUUAGGUUUGGCAUGACACUUUCUGCUUCCCACAUGAAAUCGAGCAGGAAAUCGUCUCUGCGCUUAUCUCACAUGUCCCAGGCUCCUCUGCGUGUCAAAACAAGUCUGAAACGUAAACAAAACGCACAGCAGAGGCUCCUCUUCUUCUUCUUCUCUUCUUUUAAAACCUGCAGUUAAGGCAGUUCCCACCAUCGCAAUGAAUCACCAGUCCAAUUUGAGGUCUGAGGACGUCUCGAACAACAACUAACCAUUCUGUGUUUGGUCUCUAUGGAUACUCGGAUACAUGGACAGAUGUGAGCUCGCGCUGAUGCGUCUCCCCACAUCUGUUUUGAACAAGCGGCGGCGGUGGGAGCUGGUGUGGUUGUGUUUGCUCCGGCACAACAUUGGCGACACGCGACGUUUGAGCUGUUUUCUCGCCGCUUACGUGUUAAUUUGAGGUCACACUCACACACUGCUAGAGGAGCGUACAAAACCAGCAGAUAUUGUGGAGUUCAUAAUGGUUAAAAAAACGGUCUUCUUCUAACAAACCUUUCAAACUAUUGUUGUCGGUGUGAAAUAUGUCAGUAUGCCUGCAGGGGGGAGCUGACCUUUGACUCCUGCAGGUGAAAAGUCAGGUGGAGGGGUUUCACACGCUGCUCACUCUGGAUUUCUUAAAGCUUUACUGGAUAUUUCUUAAAUCCUCUCCCAACUUUGUCAGGAUCUUCAGGGUAGAAGAUCCAGCAGAAUAUGCCCCUUGUCCUUACAACUUCUCGCUUCCUCUAAGAGACAGACUCUCUCUUUGCGUCCUAAAGGCCCUGGGGCAGGGAAUGCCCCAGCGAUCCUUUCCCUCAUUCCCAUGUGAACAGCUGAGGGCGGGGUACCAGGCCGGGCAAAGCUGACUUCAUGCUGAUGUGUUCGUCAUUGAGUCACAGAGCGGAGAGCUCUGACAGGCGGGGGAAUCCGAGGCCGCUGACCUGUGGGACCCGACUGUUGUGUGUCUGCAGAAGGAAUGGACGGAUGGGUUUGUGACACAAAGUCAGAUGACAGGAUGGAGUGUGGGCGGGAUGUGUGUGUGUGAAAUUCCAGGAGUUCAGAACAUCAGAUAUGAUGUUUCGCUUUGUUAGGGAUGAAUUUACUGAUUAUUGUUGAGUAUUGAGUACUGAUUAUUGAGUACUGGACUGUUGAUGAAGUUAGGUGCUGUUCUGAGCAUUAUCUGUGGCUAUAGAGUUGCGUUUUGGUUGAGGUUUGUUUAUGGCUCCUCAGACUGCUGUGUAUUGCUAUCGUGCGGUCGUUACUAAAGUUGAUAUAAAUAGAGAAGCAGCGGUCGGCAACAUUCAUCUCUCGAGAGGGUGUCUAACUCGGUUUUACGGUGUGUUUGACCCUAAAUUAAUUUUACGCCAGAAUAUCCCUUUAAAACUGAGUUUAUCUGCAACGCCACAACUAUUCAGAUUAUAUUGGAAAACUCAGGACUGAUGAAGAGGACAGAGGCUGUGUAUUAUUAGUGAAUGACCUGGAAAGUACCUGACUUAUUUUGCCUCUGGACUUUAUUUUCAACCAUCUGUUUCUUUCUCUGUGGGAAAGGAUUUUAUUGCAGGAUCACAUCAACAGACUUAUGUUUUAUACACAUUUACUCAGGAGAAGUGAGAGCCAAGUAGGGCGAACUACAAACGUCAUGAAGGUACCGAUGGCCUUAAACUCAGAGGACUCAUGUUGGGUUCCAGCAUCCGGUUCAUCUGGGUUCAUGACUGUAAAAACCUUUUUGGCGGGUGGAGGAUGUUGUUUAAUGUGUUUCUGGAAGAUCUGCAUCUCCAGCUGCAUGGAGCUGGAAGGGAUUUCUUCCUCUACCGACUGUGUGGUCUUGUUGCUUCUGCUCUAUUUCAGACUGACCUCCUUCCAUCUUCAAAUCUGUGUCAGUGGUCCUUCUGUUUAGUGCUGCUCCCCACACUUUGACUGUGGAUUGCUAAUGAUGGGGGAUACUAGGCUGACAUAACUGGAAAAACAAACUUAUAGCUGAUAUUGAGCAGAUCUAUGUCACAUUUAUCUAUGUUAACAUUUUUUCUGUUCGGACAGCAUUUGGUAAAAAAAAAAACAAUUAAAAUGUGGUCUUUGGAUAGGGUUUGUGAGAUAUAGUGGGGUACAACACUAAGUAAGAUGUUAUUUGAAUUGGUAACCAUGGCAACACAGACCUAGAGGUGAGAGAUAGACUGAUUAAUCAGUUGGCCAAUUAAUUAAGCCAAUUAAGAUAAAAUUCUGCAUCAGCUUGCUCUUUUUUUCAAUUAUUUAUUUAAUUGAAAUUAACAGUGUCAAUAGCUGUUUUCAAAUCCAUUUUUUGUUCUGUUUUAUUAAUUUAUUUUUUAUUAAUAAAAAAAAAUCAAUUGUUUUUUAAAUGUUUAUUUUUUUAAUUUUUCAAAAUAUUUCUCAUUAAUUUUUAAAAUUAUUAUGAUUUUUAAUUUUUGGAUUAUUUUUUAAAAAGUUAGAUUUUUUUUUAAUGUUCAAACAUUUUUUAAAUUAAUUUUUCAAAAUUAUUAUAUUUUUUCUAUUUUUAAUUAUUUUUAAAAUGUUUGAUUUUAUAAAAAUGAAAAAUAAUUAUUAUUAUUUAAUUUUUUAAUAUAUUAUUGUUUUUUAUGAUUAUUAUUUGAAUUUUUGAUUAUUUUUUAAAUGUUCAAUUAUUAUUAUUUUUCAAAAAUCUCUUAAUUUUUAUUUUUUUGCUUCGGCUCUCUCCAGGCUGAUAUUAUCAUCAUCAUCAUCAUCAUCAUCAUCAUAUCAUCUUUUUUAUGUCCUGACAUCAUCAGCGUAUCAAAUCUAAAACUAGAUGUUCAUUAUCGGCACCCUAGUGUGUUAUCUUGAGAUAAUGACAAAAUUUUGCCCUUAAAUGUAUAAAAAUAAUGGACAAAAACAGUUAGUAAAAACUUAUCGGUAUUGACUUUUGUUUGUUCAGUAAUGAUUAAAAUAUCCUUAAUUGAUUCCCACCACAGUGUCCCUCAUAACACCCUCCUGUUGCAGCAGUAAGGUCUAAUCUAAAUAACAGCCUGUAUCCUAUAUGGCAUCAACUCACUGCCCUCUGCUUAUAUGCAUCAGAUGCAUUAAACUCAUGCUCGACUAGCGUCUCCCCCACUCCUCUGAGUUUAUUCUGCUAUUUUAAUUUUCAUCCUCGUUCCUGAUUUAAUGACCCAGAAAGCCCUGUGGCGCCGGCCCGCGGGCAUUUUCACCAUCUUGUUAAGGGGCGCUCGCUGAGCUGUAGUUAGCACAAGCGCUAACUGCACUAGCGCUGGCGGCUCCAGGUAAUGAAAGUGACAGGGAUUACAGCAGCAGGCAGUGUGUCUUAAUCAGGGAUUGGCCCACAUUCUCCUGCUCAAAUCCCUGGACGGUAAGGUGUCACACCUGGAGGCUUAGCGUCCCAAUUGGUGUCAUCCUGAUGUGAGGGGCUGCAAACAGAUCUAAUGACGCGGAGGGCAAUAUGAUUUCUUAAUCACAGCGGUGUUGCCCUCCUACUGAGGCGGCUCCGCACCAUUAGCUGAGAGAAAGCUUUCAUCUUUUAAAAAUGAGAGCAGAUGAAGAGCUUUCAGGACUCGCAGCCUCAGAGCUCAGCAGGCUCAGAGCAUGUCGGAGAAGCUGCUGGAGGGUCGAUGCGCGCGGAUCAUUACUGUAGAAAGUUAGAAUAAUGCAGUUUGAUGCAGCAGCGGUGCAGAAGAUCUUCACCCUGUGGAGCGUUUUGUUUAGUUUUCACUGGAAUUACGAUAGAGAGAGACUGCUCUAGUGAUGAAAAGAGAGGCGCAGGAUAGUAGACUGCACUAACUUGGUGGCCCCCUGAUAAACCGGGGACAUGACGCUCAUGCACCUCGUGUAGCAGAGUAUAUAUGAUUGAAGCUGCAGGGUUUCGGUGUCAUUGGAAGAUCCUCCAUCAUGCAACAAUUCAACAUUGUAAUGACUCUGCACAGUGUUGUAUUCAGUGUAAAACUGAUUUGUCAAUGAAGAUCUUGUCCGGAUGCAGAGAUGUUGUCGUCUCUAAGCCUCUUGUGUCGAUGGACGGGUCUCUCAGCGUGACUCCUGGCCGCCCCUCUCAUUUCAUUCUCAUUUCUCGGCGCCACAUCCUGAACACGGCGCUAAUCUGCUUGUGUGUCGGACAUCCUGAGUGAUGUGAAAGACCUUGAAACCAGCAGACUCACAACAGUGUGAAGAGUUUAUUAAGUCCGAUGUGAUCUAUUAGUCAAAGCGGGGCUCAUUUCCUCUUGUCUGUCUUUCAAAUCAGCCAUCCGGUGUUGCCACAGGUUGUGCCCGCUGCGCCUCAGACAUUGAAUCAGCACUAUGGCAACAUCCUGAGCCUUAAAUGAUGGAUGAGUUGACUAAAUUGGCAUUAGUAUUCCUAUCACAACCCUUGGAGAAGGAGACCAGCAAUGACUAAUGCGGAGCAGGGGUGUAAGAAAACAAGAUUAGGGCCAGCGAGUGCAGACUCACACACACACACUCCGACACUCUGAGGAGAUUUUUAACGCCGAUAACCCCCAAGCCUCUGCGUUUUUAACUUCACAGCAUGGCUGAAUAAAAUUGCACACAACUCAGCAUUUGUUUUCCCAAGCAGAUUGGAUUAUGGUCAAAGAGCGGGAACAUCUGAUCUCAAUUCUGUUUGGAUGUGGAUAUCAGGUUUCAUGUGCUGUUUGGGAAAGAAAAUCCACUUUUCUCUUGAUAUGUAAGAGAGGGGCUUCAAUUUGCUGCAGAGACAUGCCUGAUAGUCGGUUUUCUCCCAGACAGACACAUGAGAGAGAGGUUUGAACUGUGUGCACCAGCUAACAGGUUACUGGAAUCUGGCGUAUUUCGAUUGGCAUCAUCUUUACAUCCUCAACCCUUGCUGACCCUGAAUGGAGGGGGUUAAGCCUGAGCAGCAACGUGACUCUGUGAGGGCUGCUGCUGCUGCUGCUGCUGCUGCUGCUGGUGGUGGUUUCCAGUGAGAUGAGUUAUAAUUCUGAGGUCAUAUAGAUAGUCUGACUAAUGUUCCUCAUGGAUUAUCUGCACUGUAAAGCAGAACUAUGUAGGAGAAAGGGUGUCCUACUUCAGAUAAGAUAUCGAUAUUGUAGCCUUCAGUAUCGGCCGUUACCGAUAUUGAUGCGAUAUUAGCACAAAGUUGUGCAUGGCAAGUUAUGGACUCAGCUGCAACAUCUUUCUCGGACUUUAACGAAAAAUACUGCCACAAGUCUGAUAUCACUCCUACUCCUUACUACUUAAUGUUGUUGUGAUCGCGUGGGCUUUGCAUGCUGGUUCUGGGUGCUGCUAGCUAGAGAUGCUGGAGCGGAAUCUAGAACGGACUGCUUGUAUCAGCGAUUUUAGAUGCAGGCCGAUAUUUUUUUGGGGGGGCUGAUAUUGGACUUAUAUCCUAUAGCAAUAUUGUAUUAGGGACAACCCAAAUCACAGAUACUCAGUCUUUCUCUCCAUCUCUAACCAGAUCUGAUAAUUGAGCUAACAUAAAAAAUCCAGUCAUAUGAAAAAAAAAUCAAAAAUCUUACAAAUGCCACCAAAUCGGCAGCUGUAGUUUUGUUCCUCAUUUUGAGUAUUAGAUUUAAUGUAGUAUGAAGUAGUUUAGUAAUGUUGGAUUUGAUCAAAUGCAAAUAAACAAUCAGUGAUAGAGGUAUUAUAUAUCGGCUAUUGGCCGUCCUGCUCUUAUUAUUGGCAUCAGUAUCGGUCAUCCAAAAACUGAUAUCGGUCAACCAUGACUUACUAACGGUAUCUUUCCUGACCUAACCUAAGAUGUGCAAUAGUCUGUUUAAUACCUCAGUUGGAAAUAGCUUUAAUUUUUUAAGUCUUUUAACCAAUAUCAGUGUUUCAGGGCUGAUACUGAAACUGAUACUGACUAUUAGUACAUCACUCCUACUUCCUGCUACUUAAUGUUGUUGAGACCACUGCUAGCUAGAGAUGCUGGAGCGGAGUCUGGAAUGGACUGCUUUUAUUAGAAAUUUUAAAAGCAGGCUGAUACAAUCCGAUAUUCUUUUUUGGCUGAUAUCAAACCGAUAUCCCAUAUCAAUAUUGAAUCAGGACACCAAUCACGGAUACUUGGUUUUUCUCUCCAUCAGUGACCGGAUCAGAUGAUUCAGCUAAUAACAGAAGUUUGCAUUUAAAGUAUUAGAUAUUGUAUUCAGUGUCAUAGUUUAGUAAUGUUGAAUUUUAAACAACCUGUGAUAGAAGUAUUUUAUAUCGGCUAUCCUGCUCUCAUUAUUGGCAUCAGUAUCGGUCAUCCAAAAUCUGAUAUCGGUUGACUAUGACUUACUAACGUUAUCUUUCUAAGUCUUUUAACCAGUAUCAGUAUUUCAGGGCCGAUAGUGAUACUGACUAUUAUACUAAAUGACACUGAUUACAAUAGUUAGAACUACUGUGCAAUGAUUGUAAAAAUAUAAAAAACUGUCUGUCGUGUUGUUGGCUGGGCGAGAAGUCAGUCCCAGAUUCCUGGUUCGUCACUCACCUCAGGAAUGUUUCGGUCUCUGCUGGUGAAGUUUGGCAGUGAGAAGUUUUAAUGUGAUGUUUUAUACUUACCAUCGACACUGGAGCAGAAAAACACAGAUUUCAUCCAAAACGACUGACUCAGUCAACACGAGAUGAACGUUUCUCACAGUGAAAAAAAAAAAAAGAACUAUCUUAAUGAGUCAUAGUGACGGUAAAAACGCCAAACUUGAGGAUACUUGAUACUCUGUUUGAUUGUUUUUUUUUCCGUCUGUACCGACAGUUUGACAUCCAAGGUAGGACACUCAUUGGAAACCCGCCCGGUUUUCUCAGCAGAUAACAACCACGUCCCUCCCGUCUCGUGGCCGAUCUCUCAGCUGUUUUUAGCUCCGCACAUGAGGAGUUCGCCCUCCGGCACGGGGAACCAUGAGGAACCUCUUUUUCCAGUUAUCCUGCGUUUGGCUCUCGGUCUGCGACUGUGCGUGAUUUGUCAGCUGACGCACAAACAGCAGACACAAUGACCCAAUUUAGUCUCAUUCCGGAUAAAUAAAAACAAUCUAGGGCAAAUAAAAAAGGCUGGAGAGCGAGUUAUGACUAACAGAUUGUUCUGUUUUAUGUCGUGUCUCUGAAAUGUCUCCCCUGAUGACCCGGUUGCUUGGAAAUGUGCGAUCUCUGGGGGGAAAAGUGGCUCGCUAUUUCCAGGUGUGUCAACAUCAGCUUGUGCCGUGUCUUUUUCUCAAGAUCGGGCAUAAAUUUAUCUCCAGGAGUGAGGUUUCCAGCUUUAAAGAGACGUGUUUCUGCCACCUUUUGAAGGCCGAAUAAUUACACUAAUGAAGAAAGUGAGCGGAUGUGAUAACGGUUGAAAUCAUCGGGCUCCACAGGCACUUAACUCCGUCUCGGCUCCGUUUUUUGAAAUGCUGAAUCACACGUGUACAAGCAUCUGUUUUUGAUUAGUUCCAUCCCUGCCUCAUACUUCUCUUCCCCUUUUCCGUCCUCUCUGCCUUCCUCUGGGUGCGGGGGCAGGCUUCUGGUCGACACUGGGCCAGAACCGGGUCCAGGGACGGGCCAGGAAAUGCGUCAGUCCGUACGAAUAUCGAGAGCAGGUUCAGGGUAAAGGGCGAAACCCCCGGGAGACGAUGUGUGAGGAAGUUGAUGUCUCACCACAAGGUUAACCUUAGACACCCUCACAGAUCUCAAUCAUACACCUCAAUCUGAAGAUACGGGUUUAAUUUCAAAAUUUGGAUUAUCGGUAAUUUAACGAGGCCUCAGAAACGUCUCGAUCACUUUUCACGAACUUUUAGAAGGACAUUCUCUCUCCCCUCCUUUCGUUUUAUUUCACACCGUUUGAUGGACAAGAUGAGAUCCACUUUGGGAACAUUUUGUCUCCACUAAUUUGUGAUUAUUUCCAAACUUAAACGGAUAAAAUUCACUUUCAGACCCAGUUUGGUUUAUUGUCUGCGGAGUCAGGCUUUUGCGUUCCUUUCCGCUCAUGUUUUUCUCACUGUUUUCAUGGAUGUUUGUUGUGGCUCUUUCUGGAGAGUGCGGUUUGGUGAAGAGACCAAUGAGCCGUGACUAGAGUUCGUUUUUCUUACAAAACUGUAUAAUUUAGCUGUUUUCGUUCUCCGCUCUGAAUCUCUGGCAGAUCUGCCGUAGCUGUAGCUCUCCAGAGAGCCGUGUGUCAGCUAUCCCGUGCUUCACUUCAUUGUUCGGUGCACAUCAGUUGUCACAGUCGAUCCUUUUUACGUCGGAUAAUUUGUGGGUUUCACAGAGGAGAAUUAGCGAAGAAUGGCUUUUAUUGUCUUUUUCACUCUUCCCACAUUUGAGAGGUUACGCAACACAAACGACAGGCUGAUCUUUCCAGAGUCUUCUUUUUUCUCCGGUUGGUGCUUCCUCGAUGAUAAUGUCAGGGUUAGGGUAAGUGACAGAAGAGUUAGAUCAACAGUCAGGUUCGUAGACUGAUGGGAAAGAGGUCGAAGGUCAGAGGCGAGAGUUAGAGAGUGACGCCCGAAAAGGGGAAACACCUGGAAGGGAAGUGACAGGAUACGUCACCCCUCCUGUUUUCUUUGAAUAUCUCUCAGUCAGCAGUCCUGAGUAGAUGUCCACUGAUAUCUGGGGCCAAUACAGAAAAAAAUAACAGAUUAGAAAAGUUCAGACUCUCCAACACCUAACUUUCUUUGACUGUCUUGAUCAGAUGUUCAAUCAAACCAAAAACUUUUGACUCAAGGUUAGGGCUGGGCCCUCCUGAAAUUUACGACAAUAAUCAAUGUCAUUUUGCUCAUAUCGGUAUAUACUCCUACGUCAGAGUCGUGCCUCCACCCCAUCCAGUCUGUAACAAAGAGGGAAAGACAGGUGAGGAGAUGGAGGACGGAGAGAAAGUUGGAGCGGCUGAAGUAGACGAAGUUAAUGUUGGAGGGGGUGAGCAGCUUGUGGAGUAGUUAUCGUCCAUUUAUCGUUAUCGAGGUGAACUGAUCAAUAUAUCGUGAUAUUGAUUUGAGGCCAUAUCGCCCAGCCUUACCGGGGUAGACAGUUUCAAACAUCAGGUAUUGCCCCCAAUUUCAACCGCAUCAACAGCUUCAAAACGGCUGUAUCCGCCGAUCGCAGCUGAUUGUGUCAAUUUCCACCAGCUUCUUUUCAUUCCGCUGCCGAUCGCCGGACUCCACAGCUGAUUGCGAGAGUUCUAUUUUCUCCAGACGCCAGAGCAUGGUGGAUAAAUUCAGCACAGAUUAACUCGUGCUGGAAAAGAAGUCGGGCACAGACACAAAAUAAAACAUCCUGCUUCUUUUCAAAAUAAAACACCACGUGUUUCAGGAGGAUUGUAUUUUACACCACACAAACUGGCGGUGACGAACAGGUGAAAGGUUUUUAUAGACAGCAAUUCACCCCGAUAACACCAUGGAUGAGGAGAUGCUGAUUUCAGAAGUCUAGAAGUAGAUUUCCUCCUCUGGAAGGACACAAUCUACUGCUUUUAUGAUUAUGUGCCUGUUUUUAUAGAGACAACUUGUUAUGGCGCGAUUGCACCUGAAUCCGCGGGUUUCUUGUGAAUUCUCAUGAUCACAACUGUUCGUAAUCCGCCAUGACAUUCGUCUCACCAACGGAUACGGUAGGAAUUGGCAGAUGGCUUAAAUUGCUGCUGUUCCAGAUUGGACCCGUUCUGAACGCAGUGAAAAUUAGGGUUAGUCUCAUGAACUUAUAUUAUUAAGUAUCAGCUGCUGAAAAUUUACCAGCUUUAUAAGGUUCGAUUCACCAUCAUCAGAUUAAGUGGAGCCAAUUUAACGGUGAUGAAGAGACACGUCACGGCGGCUCCUUAUUAGUCAGCGUUUGGGAAAAUUUCUGGAAAAUUCAGGAUUUGUCCGGUCCAUGUGUGAGAGGGUCUCUGAAUCUGUUCUCUGAGGCAGCUGCAUUAAUUUUGGACUGAAUGUAAAACGACAGACGUCCACCUCAGGUUUCCAUGUUUCCAUGCUGUUUAGAGAGAAAAGGAUGCAUCAGCAUAAUUCACGUCGAAGCUGCUCUGUGGUUCGAGUUGUUGUUUCUGCGCGCAAACGUCUCUCAAGCUUUCAGACAGGAAGGAGCUGAAUGCUUCACACGUCUGGUAUGCCUUUCUAGUGCGAGCCAAGCUGCAUGUUUAGCCCACAAAAAUGCCGGGAAGACUCCCAGCUCAGCCCCACCGCCGCUGGACACAUCACGCCUGUGUUUGUGCGGGGAUUUUCACUCAGAGACUUCGGCUAUUUCAACAAAAUGUCAGAGUGUAACAAUGUAGGAUCGGCGCUCUUUUCUGCACCCCGGAAAGGAGCACCACGUCUGUGGGCUUUAUUGUCCUCCUCCCUUCAAUGGGACAUUGUCCAGGCCGGUUCUCACAGCCCGGGCCUCCUCUGGAUCCUCUUCUGUCUGUGUGCAGAAUAUCUACAUUCAUGUUUUUGUCUGUUGCAGUCAUCUCAGACCACCCUGAGUUAACGUAAACCUGCACCGCCAGCUGAGACCUCUCAGAUCCUGACCUCUCUUCUUCUCCUAUAUACUCUACAUCAACAUCGCUCCACUCCCCACCCGCUUGUGACGUCUACCACAUCCAUUUCUAUCCUAUUUAAUAACAAGCGCACAAGUUGAGUCUGUCCAUUCAUGUCUGCUUCCUUUUGUGACGGAGCACAGGAAGCCGGUCUCCGCGUCGGACUGAGGUGUGGUUUAAAUGCCGCCGUUGUUGCGCUGAAAGGGUUAAUCUAUGUCACAUUUCCUCUGACAUGAAGUCUUUGUUGGCUCCCAGUCUGAAGUGCCAUUUCCCCGUGGGCUGUGGUGGCCUAAUUGCGCGAUCCCCCCCAACCCCACUAACACCACAAAUAGCUGAUGGGGGGAUGGCUGGAGCUGGCAUUCGAUUAUGCAUGGUGGCUACACCCAGCUGGUUAGUCAGAAAGCCUAAUUGGAAAUGAUAUUAUAGACCUUCUCCCGCUUGUGCGCCAAAUUUGUCAACUGCGUUUCCUCAGAGACGUCUUAGUCCUAAUUUUUAAACCUGAAAACAAGCGUUAUUAUCUGGAGUUGUUGUCUGGGCUCCGUCCAAAGACAGCAGAGGGAGAGCCAAACUGAAGUGGUCCAGACGGAAAUAUUUUAAAAGCAUUUUUUAAAGACGUUCAUGAUCCCCAGAGGGUGACUCUGUCUGACUCUUCACCCAGCACCACCAUGAAAUCAGUAUGUGUAUUUUCAGUUAAAUGUAGAACUAAUUGACACAGAAUUUGGUGAAGAUUUUCAUUCUAAAACCGUACCGACUGUAUUUGAGUUUUACUGGAUUUGGGCUGAUGUAGGCUACAAAAAACCUGUUCAGUGUAGCGUAGACGACUGGUCUAAAAUCAGGCUACCACAGGUCUAAAAAUGAAAGAUUUUUAGACAUCUAAAUUUAGACCAAGUCUAAAUCGGGGCUAUAUCUAUACUACACUGUUUAUUGCUCAACGGAUAUUGUACUCAGAGAUCAGUUAUUCAACUCACAGUAGCUUUUUGUAAUAAAUAGCUAUUGAAUAAUGGGUUAAAGUUUAACAUCUUAAUUCCGUCUAAAAAUAUACAGAAUCUAGACGGUUGAAAUCAAGUCUAAAAAAGAAAAAAACUAGAUUUCUAAUAGCCGUCUAUUUCUCAAUGAGCAGAGCAUCUUCGCAGCCGACAACUUCGAUUCAAGCUGUCCUGCCACCAACUGUCAGCAUCACAGUGUCAAACAACAUGUUUCCAGCAAACAUCACCAAGAAUAUUAGCUUGAAUAAGUUUUACUUUUGGGUAUUUUUUAGCGCCUGACCGAUAUGUAUUUUUUGGGGCCGAUGCCGAUUAUUCUUAUUUUUAGCUCAAAUGCACAAGCAACAAAUUAGAUUUAACAUAAUUUUCAACACUAACCGAAACGAUUGACUACGAGUAAGUAAGUCAGAAGUAUUUAUGGUUUAGUCUAUGAAGAACUAAGUCCCUACUGCUUUUGUUUCUUUACUUCUCCAUGCAGGUCUCUUUGGACAGAGUAGUAAAGUUCAGAGUUAUAUAUGAAAAGUUGUGCUUUAGCGUUUCAAAAUACACUGAUAAUACACUUUUUUCAAUAUCAAUACAGCCUUACAUGAAGCUAGAUGGGAAUAGAUGCGCAUCAAGAGCCAGUACAUGACCUGGGUAAGCGAAUAGAUAUUACCUACAAGUGUCUACCUUCAACAGACCCAGACUCUGUUCAUGAUUGUGGAUCUACACUGACGAUACCCACCCUGGAACAUGGCUCCUAAUCCCCCCAACUACAUAAUAUCCAGUUUACUUCUAAGUACAGUCUGUUGUUGAGCUUAUUACCAUCUAUAUCUGUUAAAAACACUUGAAAAUCACCAUAUGUUUACUAUCUUAAUAAUAAUAUAGAAAAUCGAUCAACAUCUGAGGUGAUUAAUCAGAGUAAAAGUGCUUAUUUUCUUUCAUUUUAGCUCCGUAUAUGUUUCUAAAUUGACGUCACCAUGGUUACAAGAUGUUGAGGUGGUCUUUUUUCACAGUUUCCUGAUAUUCGGUGAACCCAAAAAGUGACAGAGCGAUCAUAAAGAGUAAUGAAAUGAGAUUUAAAGGCACCUUGUUCGAUAAUUACACAUCUGCAGUUUGCCGCCUCCAGAAUCUGCGGAUUCGAUUCUGCUUUGGAGGAUAAAUUCAGUGUGGUUUCUUCUUUUCCACACCGUUCAUGUCUGUUUAAGUCUCUGGAGCUCUGCGGUCGGAGCUCUAUUAGCCGCUGAUACAUCUCCAGUCUGUUCUGAACGCUGAAACCGCAGCGCGAGUGAUGACACUCGGUCCAGACGAAGACCUUAAACUACUGUGUCUAAUGACAUCAAAACACUCUUAGACCAAUCCAACCAGAGCUUCACUGAGUACAGCGUGUCUCUGCGUAAAGUUAAUAUAUGCUUAGCAGUACGUCGCUCCCCUCCUGAACUUCCUGUUCAGAGUUUUGUUCUUGGAAGCUGAGCAGGAAUGCAGCUGAGAGAGGAAACAAUGAGCAGGAAUACUUCCAGCAAGGAGCGUCCUGCCUGCCGGCCUGCCUGACUGCGUGGCCUUGACUUGUUUUGGGGUCAGCGGUGAAGUCAUUCUGGAAAUCCCAUAAACAACAACUCCCACUUUGAUACCAUCGACAGGAAGAAACAACAAUCCUGCUUUCACUCUCGCUGCUGAAAUGGAUAAAACAUCAGCGUAAAGAGAAAAAAGAGAGAGAGAGAGAGAGAGGGAGAGAGAGAGAGAGAGAGAGAGAGAGAGAGAGAGAGAGAGAGAGAGAGAGAGAGAGAGAGAGAGACCACUGCGGGUGUGAUGCAACCGUCAGUAACUCCACUUGACCCAAAAUCACAUUCAUGUGCUGUUUUUGUUCUUGAGCAACUGUUCUAGGCGGCGAAGGCGAGCGGUCUGAACUUUGUUGUCUCUGUUUCUGUUUUGGUACAAAAAAAAAUGAACUUUUUAGUUUAAGAUCUGAUUAAAAUGAGAAAUUAGAAAAUUACAGCUACUUUGCAUAAAGUUAGAUAAAUCUGAGGUGGAUCAGAAAAACAGCAAAUGACCAAGUUUUAAGUUUUAUAUAUUAUUUUACAGCCUCAUGAACUCAAUGAACCCAAAACGCAUGAAAAGCAAAAAAACAGACAUUGACUCUUAGCCAAUUCAUGCUAAUGUUUCACAUGUUUGCACAUCGGUAAAAAGCUGGAGGAUAGUGUUUGGUAUCGUUCCCUUUCCCUUUCCCUCUUUGUUACAGACUGGAUGGGGUGGAGUCACGUCUCUGAUGUAGGACAGCGUCUUAAAGGGACAUGAGACCAUAGUCUACCGACACACAUCCAAAACCAACUUUUGAUUAUUUAUUUUUUUGACACUGUACAUACUGACAUGGGCAAAAUGACGUUGGUUAUUGUCAUAAAUUUCGGUAUUGGUAAAUUUUUGAUUUAUCGCCCAGCCCGAGUAAUAAAAAAAAAAAAGAAUAAAAAAAAAAAAAUAAUAAUAAUAAUAAUACAUUUUAUUUUUAUAGCACUUUUACCGGAGCUCAAAGACACUUUACAAAAACAAAACAAAAAUACAAUGAGGCAAAGAUUAAUAGUAACAAGCUACAAAUAAGGUAAAAUCGAAUAAAGAGAAUAAAAGAAUACAAGUGGGAGGGGCAAAUGUGAGGGGUGGGAUAAUGGUGAGUCGGGUGGGGUCAGGCAGUAAAAGCGAGUGUGAAAAGGUGGGUUUUGAGGGCAGAUUUGAAGCUGAUGAGGUCCGGGCAUUUACAGAUGUGUUUAGGGAGGACGUUCCAGGGUCCCCCAGGGUACGGUGCUUGAUUUUGGCUGGGGGUGAGAGGAGGUUUGCGUUGGCUGGAGGGGCCGCUUCAGGGUGUGGCGGACAAUGAGGUCAGACAGGUCGUGAAGGGACUUAAAGGUGAGGAGGAGGAUCUUGACUUGAAUUCGGUGGGCAACAGGAAUCCAGUGGAGUUGACGGAGGACGGAGGUGAUGUGGUCGUAUGGGCGGGCAGUUCUGAAUGUGUUGAAGUUUGUUGAGGGUGGUGGAGCGGAGACCGUAGAAGAGGCUGUUGCAGUAGUCCAGUCUGGUGGUGAUGAAAGCGUGUAUGAAGAUUUCAUGUAUUAAGGUUUUGGCAGCAGAUGGGGAGAGAAAAGGGGUAAUGUAUGUAAUGUUGUGUAUCAAUAAAGCAUAAAUAUUGGAUAGAGGAGUUUAAAGUUGUUUGUUUCAAAACCAGUAGCUGCAGGGAUCAUGAGAUUAUUUGAUCAAACGUGGCUGAAUCAUUUGAUCAACACUUUAAAAGAUGCUUUAUGCGAAGUUUCAAGAAGAAAAUCAACGUCCACUCGAGUGUGAGGGGAUUUUUUUUCUACUUCUAAGAGUGAAUCUACUUCUAAACACUUCUAUUAAGACGGUCUUCAUUAUUGAAACCUUUCCAGCGUCUGACUGAAGAAUGAAAGACGAUAUUGUGCAGAAGACGUCUGUUCCACAGCUGACCUGUAGUUAAAGCUUUGAAAUAUUAGUGGAAAGGCUGACACAGGAAAGAAAAACCGUCACAGAGCCCACUCAGACGUAGCAGGAGAAGAACUCUCUGCCGCAUUACGGGGGCAUUUUUGGUUUCAUAUAAUUGUGGCGUCUCUGGCGUGCGCUUUGACUGGUGUCUGUCCACGUUUCUGAUUCCAGCAGAAAGAGUUCUGCUUUAAUAUUCAGCUAAUAACUUCUCGUACCCUUAAAUCAAUCUGUCUGAGUGGAAGCUAAAUAUAGACGAUCCAGACGUUUCGCCGUUUGUCUGCUUCACAAAUCCCACCGCCAGACGAGUUAUUAACGGAAACAAUUCGUGUUAUUUUUGACAAUAAAGAAAAUGAGUGGAAGUCUUCAAUGAGGAAAAGCACCAGCGCCUGUCAGAGAGUCAGACUGAAGGUUUCUUUAUCAGGGCUUUUAAUUUGAAGGGGCAGGAGUCCAAAAAGAGCGGGAAAUGCCACUCCAGCUGUUCCAGUUGGUCAGCAUCCCUCUCUUUCGCUCUUGACAGGUUUCUCUGUGUCCCUGAAGCGAAUAAAAGUCCGGGCUGCUGGAGUAUCUGUCGUUUGUUGAGGGGCUGAGGGCAGCUGCUGACUCCCAAGGGGCCGGGUCGCUCUUACAGGGUCACUGAGGGGUCAGGAAUCAGGAUUUGGCAGCCAGGGUCUCCUGUAAAUGUUUGUGGAAGAGUUGAAGAGGUUUGUUUGAUAGUGUAUGAUCUGAAUGUCUCUAAAUCUGUCUCUGUGGGUCAGUCUGACUCUUCGGUUUUUAUCUAAGAGAGUUUUCAAACUAUUAAAGGACAUUUAGGACAUUUUGUAAAGAUAUUAUAUGAAAUAAUUGUCCAGACUUUGAUAGUUUUUGAACUUUUCUUUGAGUGCUAGCUUAAAGGUGGAGUAGGCAGGAAUCCAUUAAAGAAGCAUCUUUUCUUGUGGUGUUUAUACAAAAAAGCUUUUAAUAUCAGUCAAUAGUUAUUAGUUAUUAAUGACAUUUGGAAAUAUAACGAUAUCUCUGUGUUUUGUUAAGUCUGUGUAGUCAACAUUUUAACAUUUUUUGGAGCAGUCCUCUCUUUCUGACUGUAAACAAAGCCGUUCUCCACCUCCCCCAACAUGAUUGGUUGUGAGGUGUACGCUACUGUCCCUCGUGACGUUCAAGAACCCAAACAAAGUUAGCGUGCUACAAUAUCAGACAGUAGAAACCAACCAGAAAGUUCGGAAAAUUGUUUGAAUCCUCAUUUGGCCACGACUGCCGACACAAGCAAGAAAACAAAGUAAAUACCGGAGACUCUGGAGGAAUAACGGGCGCUUAAAACGGAGGUAGACCGGACAAGAGCUAAAAAGCCGGGUCAACAUAAACGAUAAAACGAUAGGGGACGUGUCGGGAUCUUGGUGACCCUGUAACUUUCUGCUGGACAGGUAAACCGCUUUAACAAAGUAAGACAAGUGUCUGUAACAGAAGUGUUUCUUGUCAAACGGGACCUGCUUCGUGUUGUAACGCUGGAUCGGUGUCAGAUAUCAGUCAAGUUAAUUUGUCAAUAUCGGAGCCGAUAUCUGAUCCAAAUAUCGGAUUGGUGCAUCCCUACUGAACACUAACUAGCAUGCAAAGCAACAUAAAAGUGAUCUCUGCAUAAAAAAGUCUUCAAACUAGGAAAUCUGGAGCUGCUGCAACAAGAAAACAGAAAAUCGUUUCAGACUCAUAGUGUCCAGUUUUCUGCGUACUUGUUCUUCUUGAAAAAAUCGUAUAUGCCCAUGUGGUUGGUUGUAAACCAGGAGCUUAGCCUGGUUAUAAAUCAGUCCAGUAGCAGAAAACUCAGAAGUCAUAAUGUUGCCUGUGAAGGUUCUCAACUUCAGUUUUCCUGCUGUUAUUGGUGGAAGCUGUUCCCUAAAUGAAGACAAAACCUUUCGACUGUGGAGUCAGAGUGGUGUAGAAAGAAACCCUGAAUCGGACUUGUUCCUGGACGAAUCAACCGGCAGCCUUGGCAGGAGUUUCUGCUGGGCUCAGCUUGGCUGGAAAAGUCCUGUUUGAUUUGAUUUGAAUGUUUCUGCAGAAAAAUGUCUCUCUCUGUUCCUGAACACUUUCAGAGGAUGGGAUUCAUCUGCUCCGAUUCAAAUAGAAAUGUUAUCCUCGGCUCGGGGGACUGCCUGCCUGGCUGGACUGUUGGUCACUGAACGGAGCCAGAACUAAUGUCUCUCGCCGAGGGAAGGUCUGAAAAUAUGAACACGUGUUGUUCCGGGUCCAGGAAGACACUCAGCCGGAUACAGCAGGAGCAUUUGUCAGGAUAUUUGAUUAUAUCGAAAAGCUCCGUUCAGGACAGAGAUAGGCAUCAAUGUGUGACUGACUGUACAUGAAGACAAAUGCACUUUGUUUUCAUUGGAGCGUUUUCCUCUUAAAGGCACAUUCCACCAAUUUUCUGCACUAAGAUCAGUUCCCCUGUCACAAAGAGCGCCACUCAGCUUCUGCAAACAGCCGGAUAACGUUGUUUGAUGCUUUCCAGGGUGUUUUUUAGAAGUCUGGUGACACUCAUGAUGUUGUCGCGGUUGAUUACAGAUGAACCGAAAACCAGGGAUGGACAUCCGGAACUGGAAUCUCUUUGAUUAGAAUCUGUUAAACACAUGCAAGUUUCACAUAAGACAGAUUUGUUGUAGUGAUGGGAGGAUCAGUUCUUUUGACUGUACUGAAUCUCUAGAAUCCGUUCAUUUAAAUGAUUCAUUUAAAAGAUUCGUUCACCUCAUCAGUUAGCGCUUUGAGCCCCGUCCUGACACACAGCGGCGCUGAUUGGGUUCACUGGGUGACAAAUUUCGUACAUUCGCCAAGUCGUGAAGGAAGAAUCACUCCCCUGCCAUGAAAAACUCACCUCUCUGUGUGUCACCAACGUUCACAUCGUGAGUACACUUGCUAAACAAGCGCGAGUCGUCGUUCUUUUAUGUCGCGGAAAAGUGGCGAGAUUAAAAAUAAACAUCGCAGCUGUAGCGAGGAUUCUGAUACUUUUAAAGAUAUUUAAUAGCGUAGUGAACCGCUGCUCGGCAGUUUAUGAACAACGCUACACUCCUCCCUCCUCUGCCCAUCUCAAGUCGUUUGGAAGUCAAUCAUUUCGUUCGCAGUCUGACUGAUCAGUUUCACUCCCGAUCAGCACAACACGCUCGCCACUGAACUCAACUGAACUGAGAAAGGAACGAAUCAGGUCUUUGAGUGAUUCCAUUAACGUCAGUCACUCAUUAGUUCCGUUCUUUUGAACGAAACGCUCAUGAAUGACACAACACUAAUUUGCAGCAAAGCUUCAGUCUGUUGAUUCAUGGCUUUAAAAUGCUUUUACAUGACCGUUUUAGAUCAAUAAUGAAGUCGUUGAUCGAUACCCUACAUCUUUAGUGUCAAACCUGCUCUGUGUAGUGAUGGGUGUCGAUCAAAUUAACAAUGACCCUGAUCACAAAAGAGUCAAGUCCACUACCUGUGAUUUUUUUGACUCUUACUCCUUUUAAAAUUGAUGAUGUUGUGAGAAAACUGCAAAGUUUGAUGUGUUGAUGAUUGUUGUUGAGUUGAGUUGCUGAUAUAUCAGACAAAUAUUGUGGCCCUGGUUGUCUUUGUCAGACAUGAGAUAUUGUUAUGGCUUCAGUUCAGCUCAGUGGUUAUAUCUAACGUCAAAUUAAUAAAGACUACGGUCCUGAAAGUCGGUUUAACUCCCACCCUUUUCCUUUUCCCUCAUCAUCCUGACUCUCACUUCUCUGUUUUUGACUCCCUCCACCAAUAAAAGCAUCAAAAAAACCCAAAAUAAUAAUUCAAAUAUCAUUAAAGUGUCAUUUUGGCUUCAGCAAACAUAAAUUUAAUGCCUUUCCUCCUUAAAAUAGUUUCAUUUUUUGUCUUUAGUCAAUUCCUUUUGGUUUUCCUGUGUAGUUGAAAUGUUUAGAGAAGUUUAAGCGUCUUUUAAAAAGUUGAUAAUUGUAGGGUAGAAACUGCGAGUGUGUAAUUUCUGGUCGUAUAUAAAGAUAUUUAACACGGGCAUCAGUCAGUCAGUUUUUGCCUUUAUUAAAACUCUUCGGUAAGGCUUUUAUUAAAAGCUUGAAUUAUGUUUUCACACGGCUUCUGUUUGGAACAAACACCAAAUGUGUUUUUCGGUGCAGGCCUCAGACGGAUCAUUCCCUCAGGAUUUACGCACUGUGGUCUGCAGUUCACAGAGAAGUAGCACACGGCUAAAACCAAAUCUGAGAGGAGGGAGGAAGGGUUGGCAGAGGUGUGGCAGGGAGGAGGAGGAGGAGGAGGAGGUGUGUGGAGCAGACAGGCAAAAGUUCACUCAAAGUUGGCAGACUGGUCAUCUGAGGUGGAGCCAUGAAAACCUGUCGCCAGACUAGAUAUCUCCCUGAGUGAGAGAAAACAUCAGGAGUGUUGAUUUUGGAGGGUCUGUGUGCAGCCAGGAGAGAAGUCAGACUGAGCUUUUCCUUUUUCCUGCAGCUCUAGACUCUUAUUACUAUCCUCUCACCAACUUACAUACAGAUACAGAAGUGUCCAAAACAACAACUAACAUAAAAUCACAGAGAAGUACAAGUCUGUCGUGUUACGCUGAAAAUAACUGCAGACUGAACCAGUGAAAUGUGACUAAAAAGUGUUUAUUUAUCUAUUUUAAGACACUCGAUUGAAUCUAAUUUGCAUUGAUGAAGCUUCUCUCUGCUUGCAAAAUCAAAACUGUGUAGAAUUAGUUUAUUAUAACAGCAGCUUUAUCCUGUUUCACGCCUCUUUGUGGAUUCUGAGCGUUUAUCUGUCUUUUUUAGCAGAAAUAGCCUUAGUCCUGCUCCUCGAUCCUGCGCUCCGGUCUUUGUCCUUGUCAGUGAUUUAUGGAUGUUGUUGUGAUGGAGCGGUCACAUAUGUCCUUCUGCUAAAAUAGACCUAGUGUUUUUUAUUCCGGCUUUUCCACAAGGACAUCGACGGUCAGGUGGCAGUCAGAGCAGUCACUGUCGAUUUAUGUCACCGCUUCGCCGAGAGCCCUGAGGACAGAGAGGUUUGGAUUUCAUCCUGGCAGAUUUAGAUGGUACAACAUCGGACACACACUCCCCACAGACGGAGUAGGUUGUAUUUUUUGUCAGAUUAGAAGAAAUCAAAAGUUAUAAUAAAAAAUAAGCAUUUAAAUAAAUAACUUAAAUAAUCAGUUACAGAGAGGCUUUACAGUCCAUAAACUCUUUAAACAGUAACGCGACAGUGAAACUUCAAAGGUCCUGUCCUCUCUUGAACCGAACACCAGACGAUGCCUUCACAGACCCUCAGAGAUCAGACACAUGAGGCCCCACUUUGAGGAAAUAGUUUUUUAGGGAGUGUUGGUGGUCUCCGUAUUGAGUCCACAGAAUGAGUGGGUGGGCCGGGAGAGGAAUGGGAGUGAGGGGUGGUCUGUUGUUGCCGUGGAAAUGGGGCUUGGUGAACGGCUUUCUCUCAGCUGUUGGAGAUACAUUCAAAUAUUUGGCAGCUGAAGGAGAGAGGGGAGGGGGUGAUAUUACACUAGUGGAAGAGCGAACAGAGCAGAGGAGACAAUGAGGUUAAAUACAAUACAGUCUGAUGCAUAAUGAUAUUAUAAUACAUGCAGAAAGGAUGAUAGGACUAGAUAUUCAUGUGAUUUGAUUCAUUUGAAAGUAAAAGAUAUGAUAGUCUUCGAUAUAGUUGGAUAUCAUCCACUACUACUUUUCAAAUCUGAUAUUGACAUGAUAUAUUGAGGAUUGAUUAUGAUAGGAUUUGAUACAGUAUGAUACAAUGCAAAGCACUGUGAGCAAUGUGGUGCGAUAGGAUACACAACAAGAUGAUACGACAGGAUACACAAAUAUAUGACAUGAUGCAAAAAGGUCUGAAAUGUUACAACAGGACAUGAUACAAAUUGAUACAAUAUAAUAUAAGAUAAAAAAUACGAUACAAUGGGAUAUAAUGUGUGAUGGGAUACAAUGUGAUACAAUUAGAUACGAUAGAAUGUGAUUUAAAUAUAUGAUACAAUAUGUCAGGAUACAAUAUGAUGCGAUAUGAUAUGAUAGGAUAGAUUUGUUCCGAAAUGUUACAAUAUGAUACGCUACGAUACGAUGAGAUUCAAAUGAUACAUGAUGAUACAAUAUGAUAUGUCAGGAUAUGAUAUGAUUUGAUAGGACACAAUAUGUCACAAAAUAUUAUAUGUUACGAUAUGCUGCGCUAUGAUGUGAUUCAAAUGAUACGUGAUGAUACAAUAUUUUAGAUACAAUAUGAUAUGAUAUGAUAUGUCAGGAUAUGAUAUGAAAGUUAUGAAAAUGUUGUGAAUUGUUAAGGUAUGAUUUGGUAUGAUUCGCUAUGAUAGGUCAUGAUUUAAAUGAUACGCUAUGAUACAAGAUGUCAGGAUAUGAUAUGAUACAUUAUGAUAUGAUAUGAUGUGAUACGAAAUGUUACAGUAUGUUAUGAUAUGCUAUGCUACGAUACGAUACAGUUCGAUACAACCUUUAAUGAAACUAAGAAGCAUUUUGUAAUCUCAUUACAGAGGGAUUUUUGAAUAGCGGUUUUAAAGAUGCCAGCAGGUGGGGAAAAAGGGGCCUUUGAAGAUCUUUAGAAAGACACAAGAUUGUGGAGUUUAUUUAGGCUUAAAUAUGUAUGGCUACAGUGUCCUAUAACAUGUCUGACUAAAAGACUCUCAUCAGACGGCUGUAGCUUGAAAAAAUGUUGCUGCUCGAUUUGUCACCAACACAUAGAAUAUAGAUCACAGUAUACCAGUCCUCAGAUCCCUCCACUCUUGAAGCACUGAAUCGUCUUUUGCCAAAAUACCCAUCAGAUCUGCUAGUUUAUUACGAGACAGCCAGACCCCCCGGGUUCUUUGGACGAGAACGAGGCAGCUUUCAGUCUCUAUAUGCUCCUGAGGUUUUCUCAGCUCUCUUAAAACAGGUCUUCUUUAUGUAUGGAUGAUACCUUGUAUAUUUAUAGACAUCCCCUGAUGUGAGCACCUGUCCUGAGACAUUCCCGUUAACCCUGUGAUGGAUACCAAACGUACACAUCCACAGACGUGGGGCCUGCAGCGUCUGUAUAAUUGAGGCAUAAAUGAGUAAUUAUAGCUGCAGCAGACAUGUCACUUCUGGGAAGCCAUUAGUGCAGAUGUGUGUUGUUGAAGAGGGUUUGAGGUUAAUGCAGUGACAGCGGCGCAGUCUGGUGCAGAAAUGUGAGCGCUGUUUAUAGAGCGGCUGAAAGCAAGCCUGUUUAAUAAGAAUGAGGAGGAACACAUCUAAGCUUUCAAGUGGAAACGAAAGCCCGGGCUUAUGAAACAAUAGUCAGGGCUCCGAACACAUGUCGAGCAGGGUAUUACUGCAGACAUCUGAACUCCCAGUGCACCUUAAAUGCAUUAGGAUUGUGUUACCGCGGAUUAUGGCGAAUUGUAAUUUUUAGAUUGUUAGCAUGGCGAUGUGAACGUGACGCCGACUGGAUGAAGGUGAAACAUUCUUGAAAGGGCAGAAGGUCAAAAAUGGUAAAAUUGGCUGUUUAUGAUGUGAGUAGGUCAUGUUAAGCCCCGCCCCUCAGCUCCUGUUGUGAUCCUUGUUUACAAUCACAACAACUUUUAAUCUUCCAAUCUUAACUCCAGUUAAUUUUUAUUCCAAAAGUAAGAUGAUACAAAAAGAUUCAAUUCUUCUUCGAUUUUUUGGAUGCCGAUUUGAUUCAAAAUGCGAUUCUAGGAUAUUGUCAAUUUUUAGUCUACAUUUUUAACUCCAGUGAAACAGUUGGAUGAUUACGAUUGUCUUAUUGAAACAUAUUUCCCCAAAAAAAUACACACCACAUGCAAGUCAGUUUUUAAGGUUUAUUCUUAAAUUUGAAAAUAAAAUAAAAAACAAUUUUUGACCCCAAAAAAUAAUCAAUUUAAACAUUGUAAAACAAAAACAUGUGAUAAGUAUGUGAAUCAACUUUUUCUCCCACCUCUACUCAUAAGUUUGUUUAAAUUAGAGUAAAACCACCUGAAUAUAAAAGUAAGUCUGCAUGAGGAGCAGGUCUCCUUUCACGGAGGCUGCCAUCUUGCACCCUUGUGUUUCUACAGAAGCACAGAAUGGACAAACUAGUUAGAACUUAAUGCAUUUUUCCAUUUGAUAGAAAGCUCUGGGCCCAUGUGUCAAAAACAGCCUCAAAAACCUCUGGGUUGUUUUUGAUCAAGCCAUGUCCUGAGAAAUAUCUCUAAAGUAAGGAGAAUGUUGUUGAAACCAGAUCUUGAAUUGAUCAUUCAUGCGGUUAUCUCAUCCCGUAUUGAUUACUGUAAUUCUCUCUUCAUCUGUUUUAAUAAGGCGGCAAUAAAGAGGCUCCAGUUUGUCCAAAACUCAGCCGCCAGACUUCUGACAGACACGCCCAUAUCUGCUCACAUCACCCCUGUCUUAUCGCAUCUUCAUUGGCUACUGGUCAAUUUCCAUAUUAAUUUUAAAAUUUUAGUUCUGACUUUCCAGGUGCUGCAUGGUCAUGGUUGUAUUUGUGUAUGUAUAUGGACUUAUCUUUUUUGUACUGUUUUAUGUUUAUCUAAUUGCACUUAUUUUAUCUGUGAAAAGCGCUCUAUAAAUAGGCUUUACUUACCUUUAAACUGCAGUUGCAAGAUGAGCAUCUACAACUCAUACGUCCCCCUAAAAAUCUUAAUUUAAAGGAAUAAAUGAUAGAAAAUUCAUCUCCUGCAUAUGAGCAAUGCUUUUUCUCACUGUGCCUGAGUUGUACUGUUUGAAUGGAGGCCAGGCUUUGCUGUCCCUGCAGUCACACCGUUCAUUCAUGGAGCUCAAGCCAGUGAUCAGCUGCUCUCUGAUUAACCGGUGCCAGUUUAGAGGAGAAAAAUAAAGCUUAUUUUGCACUCAGGAGUGAUGUGUUGUCACUAUUGCACAUGCAGGCAUUAGGUUAGGAUGUUGAGCGCAUAGUUGGCGAAAGCUAAAACCAAAAAGAGUGCCAUUCUCUUUGUAUAGGCACAGGAGAAAUGACAUUUUUCUCUGUUGAUGGCAAAAGACAUAGAAUCGAGAUUCACCAAAUUCAUCCAAAGCUUGACCUGCUGAAAGUCGUACGAGGAGGUAAAAGAUAUUUCAGAGUUAUGAGUGCGUCCACAGGGUUGGACUGUUUUUAAGUUCCUGCAUUGCAAAGCCAGCGGUGCCUCUUUGACCCUGCAUGAGCUCAUGUUAUGGUCCAGAAGAGAGGGGGGCAGGGCAGGGCAGUGCAGAGCUGCUGGGUGGGGGCAUUAGGAGCCACAUAGCUAAGAAUAACUUGUGCCUCUGCUCAGUGUAGCUGUAGGGGACACACUGAGAGAGCCCACCCCCACCAUCAGCCAUUCAACCCUGCGGUCCGGCCUCAAUCAGGACGCUAAAGCAAUCAAUAUCCCAACAAAAUGAAGCUUUUUUUUCUCCAGACGGGGGAGAGGUUUUGUCACAAUGGGCCCCUCAGACAGACAAGUCCGCCCCGUCUCCAACCCCUAUGGUUCCCCUCCUCCACUCAAACGCCCCUGUCCUCUCUGUAGCCUCCAAGUUUCUCCCUUUUGAGUUCGAACUCAAAGACGAGAUAAAAGAGUGAUAUCAAACGGAGCUCUGGUUUCUGAGGAUCACUUGAAGCUUGCAUGUCGUCUGCUCUACAGCUGUUCUCAUUUGUAUGCUGGCAGAGCGACACGACUGCAUCUGUCGCCGGCUAAUUCAACCUCCCUGGCGGGUUCAGCCGGCGCGCCUCAGCUGGUUGGAGUUUUAGGGGUCACUACCUGGGAUCCCUCUCCUUUGGGUCCCACCUUCUGUUCCUAAAAAACAGGCCGCCAUGCCGCCCCGCCCUCUUACUCACUCACUCCCUCACAACAGCCAAGCGUUUCCUCGUAAUCAUUAGGGCCGCCACCUUCCAUCAUGUGAGCCGGUUUAUUUUUGCGGUGGCUCCUGGUGUAAAGAAAAAACAGGGGUGUUAAUCGACUGUGGGCCCUCCUUCAGGACGCCCCGUCAGCAUGUCAUCAGCCAGAAAACCACCAGCGCUGCAGCAACCUCAGCACAAUCUGCGUGUUUAUUAUGUUUUUACACCGCUCUGUUCUUAGUCAGAUAAACGAUCCCAGACUAAUCCUGCACACAAACAGGCGCAAGAACCUCAGUUUGCCCAGACGGGGGUUUAAACUUAUUGUGUCGUUACUAAGCAGCUUUAAGCCAAACCUAGACUCUGAUCCUGAUGAAGCACACAGGAGCUGCGUUUCCUCAUCUCUUACUCUGAAUACCAGAAUUUAAGAAGUGAAUAUUCACCUGAGAGAUGACCAGACUAAUGAAAUCAAAUCAGCAGAAAUAAACAGGACUAUAUGAGGUGAAGAGGUCAGUUUUGGGGUCAACAGGUCUUUCUCAACAUACCUUAUAUCUGCCAGAUCCGUCCAGUCAUACGGUGGCUGAGAACUCGCCGUCGUCUUCUGUGCCUAGAUAGUAAAACACCGGUGCAUCGUCAUUGUUAGACCCCGGCAGCUCACUUCUGUUGACUCUCCAGACUUCAGCUCUUCUGUGGAUUUCGUCUUUUCUGUAUUUUUCGUCUUUUCGGUAUUUUUCGUGUUUUCUGUAUUCUUCGUCUUUUUCAUCUUUUUUGUAUUUUUCAUCCCUUUUGUACUUUUUGUCUUUCUGAAUUUUUCAUCUUUUUUAUCUUUUUUGUAUUUUUCGUCUCUUCUGUAUUUUUCGUCUUUUCUCAAUUUUUUGUCUUUUUGUAUUUUUCGUCUUUUUUGUAUUUUUUCCAUCUUUGCUGUUUUUUCAUCUGUCGUGUAUUUUUUUAUUUGCAUCCUUUUAUUUUUGCAGUAAGUUUUUUUUUUUUUUGCAAUGCUUCUUUUUUUGCGUCCUUUACUUCCGUUGUGGCUUUUUAAAAUUUUUUAUCUGCAACGUUACUUUUUUUAUUUGCAGCAGACUUAACUUUUGUAUUUUUUGCAUCGGUAACUUCUGUAGUGGCUUUUUUUUUUUUGUUUUGCAUCCUUUUGUUUUUGCAGCAGCAGUGGCAGUUCUCGGCCACCGUACAGUCAGAUUGAUGCAGUGUGUGAUGUUUGCAGAAAUGUAAACAGACGGAGGCAUGCAGAGGAGCUAGCAAAAAAAGUUACGACACUGAAAAAACAUCAUGUGCAUGAAUCAAACAUCUUUAAUUGGUCGUUUAAACCAUUUAUAAAGAACCCAUUUGAAUGCAUCUAUGUGAGUUUAUAUCUAUCCCCGUUUUAAAGUGCUCCCUCUCUCUCUCUCUCUCUCUCUCUCUCUCUGUUUAACUGCGGUUUAAUGAUCUCCUGAUGAGCUCCUAACAGUGUGUGAACGCUCACCUCCCGUCACAGUAGCCGCUCCGUGACUCAUGUUGUUAUUAUCCACUGAGUCCUCCCCCCUUCUCCCCGCUCCCUCGUGGUGUGAAUAAGGGUCAGCUCCGGAGGAGACCUCUGCGGCCCACUUAGGAGGUGGUUGCCGUGGCGACAGGCCCGGGGCAACAUGCGUAUCCAUUAUAGGAGUCAUGUGCAGUGAGACCGGGGCGGAGAGCGGGGUUACACAGCCCUGGAGGGUCUUCAGAGGGAGCAGCUGUCCCAUGAGGCCGAGUUUGUGCACAUCUGGAGCAGCUGGCCCGGCUGUCACUUCAGAUGAGACUGAUACUGAGCAGAAUCUCCAGAGCAGAACUUUAUCACUGAUAUAAUGUGGUGUCAGAGUGAAGUUUUACUACAACAUGAGUCGAUUUUCAUUUGAGAACCACAACAGCUAGGAUUUAUUCCACAACUGUGCGAUAGUGAUGUCUCAGUGCAUGACUUUUUAUCGUCUUAUUACGAUGUGAGGCAUUUGGGUUGUCAACGAAUACUCAAAUAUAUAUUCGAAUAUUUUAAAAAAAACGAGAUUUGAAUGUGAAAACUAAUAUUUGAAUAUUAAAUAAACGAAACACAACGCCAAAAAAAAAGGUAAAAAGAUCCAGCAGCUGCUUAGUGAGUGAGCGCACAGUAACGGCAGGUCAGGGACAGGUCACAGGAGCUGCUCCUGCAGUGAGAGUCGACAAAAACCGUCCGUGAAACAUGCAGAGAGAGAUGGUGGGGUGUUCGGAGCCAAACUCGGAGAGAGUGGUCUAGACUCCAACGAACUUCAGAAGCUCCGUUUAGAAAUUCUGGAAUUUGGGCUGACAUGGUAGAUGGACAAAAUGCUGAGCGAGAUGAAGUUAUAUGCAAGCUAGAUAUUUGAAUAUGUUUGAAGCUAUGAGUUAUUUUUCGAACGGAUAUUCAACGUUAUUUUGGAGCGAUUUUUAAAGCUCUAUAAGGCAUAAGAGGCUAACACACAUCCGCAGCUCCAAAUACAUGGAGCUGUUCUGCCCUGUUUGCUCCGCAGGUAAUGACAUCCCUGUUGGUAAAAAUGUCACUCUGCAAACUGGCGAAAUGAAAAGUUUCAAGGUUGUAAAGUCAGUUAAAAAAGUUUAAAAAACGCUUAAAAAAGUUGGCUUUUAACUCUCCUAUAGUUUGCUUUAUAAGUCAGUGUUAAUCUUGUUAAUAAAAAUCAUGAUUUUCACACAAGUUACGCAGAUUUCAACAAUUAACGCCAAGUUUUGAUCGGCUUAGUAGACAUAUUUUAAAAGAAUGACUAACAAGGCUGGACUGCAUUUGAGUAUUUUUAUUGUUUAUUGUUUAUUAGGAUCCCCAUUAGCUUUUGUCAAGACAAAGCUAGUCCUCCUGGGGUCCAACACAGAAAAUAAAACAUCACAUAAACAUUCAUCCAUGAUUAUACAAUCCCUCAUCUACAAAACAAUCAAAUAAAAAUAGGAAAAAAGGGUGUUACAUGGAAAUAACAGAAGGAACUGAUUUAAAAUAAGACAGGAUCAUAUACAAUACAUGAGUACAGACUUAAUCUCAUCAAGUGUUUCAAGUUCUUCCUGAAAAAGUAAAGUAAAGGGUUAAAACAUGCAAAGUUACAGGUAUACCAUUUAAUUAAAAGUGUGUUAAAGACGACUGUUUUAUGUCUCAUUUAACUAAAAGUUUCUCAGCAGCUGUAGUCACAAAAUAAGGUUGCAGAAAACAAGUGUUAGGAUGUGCUCUAUAUAAAUAAAGAGUUAUAAUUUCACUGAAAAUGUGAGGAGAAAGGACCGUCUCAGAAAGCGAGAGCGUGCUCAGCUCUGUCUGCAUCGUAUCAUAAAAAGAGCAGUUGGAGGAAUGACAUCAGCGGUGAAAACUGCUCACAGAGGGAUUAUCCCGGGGUGUGGCUGGUUGGCUGAAGGCGGUUCAGGAGGAGAUCAGUUAAGGUUACAAUAACACGCGUCCAUAUGUGGAGUAAUAUGGUAUUGAUUAUUUAAGCUGUGUGUUUAAUUUUGCAUGGGACUUAGCUUUUUGACGGAUAUUUCCUCUCUGGAGGAUUUACCUCCUCCGCUACACUUUCUUCAGAUCCUGAGAGGAGAAGAGAGGGGAUGGUGAGAGGGAAAAGAUGUGGGGGAGGAAAGGAGGAAGAGGAGGAGGAGGAGAACACGUGCCAUCCUUUGUCCCCUGCAGCUCAGGCCAAGCAGGCUAAUCUACCCGAGGCCAGAGAGGAAAAGAUGAGACACAGAUACAAGUUUUAUAUCCUGCCAGCUGUGGCCGAUAUAUGCCACAGAUACUCUCAUCAUCACAGAGCCGCUCUGUGUUUGUCGCUCUGUGAGAGACCAGAUCUGCUGCUGCUCUGGGUUCGACAGUUUAGAAAAAUACCCACCUUGUUUUUGUCGAGAGGAAAAAGAUGGGUGCAUGCAGGAUUUAUCCCCUGGUGACAGUUCUGGUAUAAAUAAACCCAGCAGCCGCUCGGAUGUUUGAAUGUGGACCAAAUUUUCGCGAUGGCCAACUGACCGAUAUUUCCAUCCCUAGAGCCACAAUGCUGCUGCUGCUGCUAAAAACAGGGAAUGAUUCAGACAGGAAGAGCCGAGGAGAAGAAUUAGACUUCUAUGAAGGCACAGGGUCCCACUGAGCAGCAAUAAGGAGUUUAAUAAAGACCUGUAUCCUCAAUUUUCAAAGACCCUGAUUGGAUUAAAUUAACCAUAUCUAUGUUCGAAUGAAUGUAACGUGUUUGUUACGUGUUUGUUUUCUUCGAUUUGGUUGAUGUCUCCUUAAGGGGAUAUACUGGCGUAAAAUUGAGUUAGGGUCAAACACACCAUAACACCAAGUUAGACACCCCCUCGAGAGAUGAAUGUUGCCGACCGCUUGCUUCUCUAGUUAUACCAACUUUAUGUAGCACUAGCUACCAAACAUCUUUUUAACUUUGCCUAAUUUCUUUACCAAAGAGACUUAACGCAACUCACCUACUCUCUUCCAGCAGCUGCUUGUUUGUAGCGAAAACCAUAGGCCAGUCCAUUACGGACUACAGCGGGGUGACGCAGCUCAAGGAAGAACAUUUAUGAUCAUGACUUGACCCUGACUUAAUUUUAUGCCGGAAUAUCCCUUUAAUUCAGCUCCUUGUGAGUUUAAACUCUCAUGUUUCAUAUAUAUAAAGUUACACCCAGUCUAGACCACCUCAGGAAGUGGUUCCCAUGAUCUAAUUGCGGUGCUUUUACUCAUUUUGCAUCAUCUACCAGGAUUGAUCUCCCAAGAUGCUGAACCAGAGCGUGGAGAAGCUGGUGGCGUUGGUGUCAUCAGGAUCUUCGUUCUGCAGUUUUUCGCCUCUGGGUGUAAAUCACACCUCUCUCAGUGGUGCCUUCGGGUGUGGCGUUUGCGGUGCUGGUGUUGACACUCGGUAGUGGGAUUGGGGUUUGGGAUCUCCUCCGACAGCCAUGUUCCCCUCACUGUGUCUGUCACUUCGUUAUGACAGAGCCGAACUGCUCCCAGGACGGCGUCUCGCUCACUUAAACGUCUCGCUGUGUCGCUGAAAGAUGUCGAUGUUUCGCUCUGCAGAAAUCCGUCUGUCACUUACAGAUUUAUGGAGCGGUCCCGGAGCUUUCUGGGAGCGUGGGAAAUCAGGAGCAGAUUGGAGAACGGCUGUUUUCCAACAAGAUAAACGACCUUAAUGCAUUUUUUUUUUUUCAGUAACAAGUUGCCACACUUAUUGACGACUUCUCUUUCCUGUUGUGUUUCAGGGCGAACAUCGACGAGGUGGAGAAUGACGUCGUGGAGAUUGAGGCAAAACUAGACAAGGUGAGACACGUGACAGACACGCACUUCUUCUUUUUUUACACAUCAAGUUAUUUCCAGAAGCAGAAAUGAUUCGCCCGCUUCUCUCCGAAGGAAACGAAACUUUCAUGUCGCUCCUCAAACGUGGACAUCAAAGCUGAUGUCUGUAUCAUCUCUCAAAGCUCUGCUCCUUCCUCGCUCGCCACAUGUUGUGUAGAAAUAACCACUUCAAGAGGAGGGCAGGCGGCAGAUGUUACGCAGAAUUUCCAUCAGCUUAUAAUCAAACCAGCUCAGCAAAACCAAAUCAGUCCACGUCUCACAGAUGAUUUAACAACCAUCCUGUUCUCUCUUGAUUUUAGGACUUUCACUCUGAGGCUUUCUUCUCUUGUUUUGUCCUUAAAACUGAAUUUGAUUUAUUUAUUUAUUUAGAUUUACAUUUAGAGUCAUCUUUGUGUCUCGUGUCCAAAUUAGUCAUUUGUUUUCCGGCCAUGCCAGCUCACGCUGUCGGUACACGCUUGUCGUCUCGCUCCACAAGCUGUCAGCUGAGCUCAGGCCAAGUAUCAUCUGUUUUCUGUCUGCUGAGUAUAAACUAAAUGGAAACCAUGCCCAUCGGCUGCAACUCUCUGCCAGCCUGCUUUUAUAAAGCUCGCUGGAAGGUUAAAGGCCGGCCGUGACAUCUCUGAGAAAUACUCAAGAAAUACUUUAAAUUGUGGAGCGGUUUAUUCCCAGAAUUCAAAUUUGCUUUUAUUGAAAAUAAAACAUUGAUAGUUUUAUAGUUUCCACCAUCAGAGGACCUUAACUCGUGCAUUCAGAUAAUAGUUACUGCUUCUCUGCACAAUAUUGCACUUUUUUCACUUUAAUGAGAGAUGCAGUCGUUUUCAAUACAUUUUCAAUCAUGCAGAGACAAAGUUUAAUGACAGACAGAGAGUUUGCAUGACUAGAGAUACUAGUCACACUCGCCCUGCACUGAUGAGAGGAGAGAGAGAGUGCUCUGUUGUUGGAAAGGUUUUCAAUGACUUUGCACAACCAAGAGUAAAAGGUUGCAGGUUCAUGUUGUGCAGAGAUGAUACUCACAAAAAUCCAGAAGGGAUGAUGGAUGGAUGACGUUAAUGGAUUAAGAUGUGAAGAAGAAAAUACAGUAACGGUUGGCAUAAAUACAGAACAUUAAAUAUGCAGUUUAAAUGAACGCGGUUGAAAAUAUGAAAUAGAAAUAUAAAGAAAUAGAAAUAUAGACAUAGAAAAUAUGAAGACCAGGUUCGUGAAUCUGCCUCAAGCUGAAAACAUGCAGGAUCUGUAUUGAGCUCAUUCCGUCAGCGCCGCGCAUUUGCUUCGCCGUGCAGCGCUGUCUUUCGCAUACAGGAUGCGUAUUCAGACCGUAGCAGCAGCGUAGUGCAGCCGGGGUCAGCUGGUCUCAGUAUAGAGGAAACAUCAUGCUCACAACAGGUUGUUUUUCCUUCCUGUGGUCUAUUUCCUGCUAAUAUGGAUAUAAUUCAGAGACCAUUGAGCCUCUACUGUAUGUGAAAAAACAUGUUUUUCACAGUUUCGGUUUUUGCAGGUUUACUCGUGUUAAAUAAAGUAAACUAUGUUCCUUUAUGCUCUGCUGUUACCUUCAGACGACCUUCCCUGUGUGGAUUGACGCGUAUUGGAAGCGUAGAGCAGCAAAAAUAGACCCUGCACGUAUUUUUAACAGAGCCGCGAUUGAUACGCUUCUGAUACAGAGCUGCGACAGAGCUGCUGCGUGAUACGUGGCGCUGACGAUACGUGCUCAAUACAGAUCCUGUAUGUUUUAGUCUUCAAACUCUUACGAUGUUUCUUUUGCACAAACUUUGGAAAAAGUCAGAGGAAGACGUUGGCAAAUAAGACCUUCAUUUAAGUUUGUGUUUAGACCAGUUUAAAGAAGCAGAGAAUCAUAUCUAUGUGUGCGUUUUUCAACUUUUGAAUCGUAGUAUAAAAUGAAGUAUGCUGUCUUUUACAUCUCUCUAUUUCCCAUGCCUCCUCCUGUGUUGGAUCACUGAACCUUCAGGCUUAACUCGGAGCCUACUUUUCCAAAACCAGCAGCCGGAGUUGGACUAGUCCACCAUGUUCACUUUCCAGGUCUUGAAUUCGCAAAUCUUGAAUUGAUUUAGAGGCAAUUUCAGGUUGUAUUUCAGUUCUGGGAAACAGACUUGGACCAGUUUUUUGCCGUAGUAACAUUGGAUUAAAACUGAGGAAUGCUGGUAUGUUGUUCUCCACAUUCUGUCACAGCAUAUCUUAUUGCAGCGGACAUUAAACACAGCCCGCUCAUUUCCCUCCGCUGCUCUUUUCCAGCAUCAUAAAAUGCUCUGUAGCGCAUUAUCCCAAAGUGCUAACGCUGCUAACCUCCUCUGAUGGCACUCGGUCAGUAAUGUUUCCCAGGCCUGUUGAACAAUUCAGUCGAGGUUGGCUGAAACGUGACGUGGCAGCGGUGAAAGAUUUGGACUCGUUGAAAACAUUAGACUGCAUCACAGCAGCUUUAAAACCUCCAGUUUCCUUGUAAUGAGGCGGCCAGAUGCUGCGCCUGUAAUGCUUGUGUCACUGCUCCAUCUGCUCUUCAUGACACUGAGUAACGGUGAGAGCCAGGAUUAGUCAGGAAAGCUGGUUUGACUUGACUGCCAUCAGGGCUGGAAAGUGGAAACCUCCGGUAAGGUUCAUACUCCAGGCAGAGGAAACACAUUUUCAGAGUGUGCAGGAAUAUUCAGCUCUGAAUCGAACCGUUAUCUCUCAGCAGUUUCUUUGUUUUGUUUUUGACCUCUCACACUUUUUUAACUUUUUUUUCAUAUGUUUUCAAUACUUGUACUGGUUGUUUACAAUCUAACCUAGUUUGAAGGUGAAUAAUGAAGUCAUUGAUCCCAGAAAUAAACUUUCAGUGUGCUAUUUAAAGUGACAAAACCAUUUCAAAAUAAAAGUAAUGCCAGUUAAAAUUUCUCCAGUAACAUAUAAUCAGACUUUAUAAUGUUUGUAGUUUGUAUAGGACACAAAAUGUAGACUGUAACAGGAGUUUUACUGAACAGUACACUUCAGUUACAGGUACAAUAUAAUGCAGUGUGAUAUUGUGGUACAGUAUGAUACAAUGCAGUGUGACACGACAUGAUGUGAUACAAUAAAAAACUGUAUGUUACAAUUCAAUAAAGUGCGAUUUAGUAUGGUAUAAUAUUAUAAAAAAUAGUCCAGUUUGAUACAGUGCCUUAUGAUGAUGAUAACCAAUAUGAUAGGAUUUGAUUUGAUUUGAUAUGACAUGACACGUGACGAUACCAUAUAACAGGAUAUGAUACAAUAUGACUGGACAUAAUACAACACGAUAUGACACAACACAAUACGUCAUAACACAAUAUGAUAUAACUGGAUAUGAUACGAUAUGACACAAUUCGAUUUAUGUCAUGAUACAAUAUGACAUGACACGAUAUGACUUGAUAUGUCAUGAUAUGACGCAAUAUGGUACAAUAUGAUACAAAAUGACACAAUACAACUGAUUGGACACAAUGUAAUGCAUUACAAUAGGACAUGAUAUGAUACGAUAUGAUAUGAUAAGGCACAAUAUGACACGAAACAAUACAAUAUGACACAAUAUGACAAGAAACAAUACAAUAUGAUACAAUACGAUAUGACACAAUAUGAUGCAUUACAAUAUGACAUGAUAUGAUACGAUAUGAUAUGAUAAGGCACAUUAUGAAACGAAACAAUACAGUAUGACACGAUGCGAUAUGACACAAUAUGACACAAUAUGAUACGAUAUGAUAUGACACAAUAUGACAAGAAACAAUAUGACACGAUACGAUACAGUAUGACACAAUUUGAUACAAUAUGACACUAUACAAUAUGACGCAACAUGGCAUGUUACAUACAAUAUGACACAUAAUGAUGCGUAUAACACAACACAACUGAUUGGACACAAUACAACAUGAUACAACAUGACAUUACACGUCACGAUAUGACACAAUACGAUACGAUGCUGCACUAUAAUGUCCUUUUGUGAGAAAUCUUGCUUAAUGGUGCACGUCCUCAGCUGCCCUCAUUAAUAUUCACACAUUUAUUUCUCUUUUUUUUUGUAUUACCCUUACUUGUUACACCUCUAGUUCUGACAGAAUCCUUUCUCCUAGUCAUUGUCUGCAUAAUCUCGUACUCGGAGACUGAAAUAUCUUCCAAAUCUCUUUGUAUGAUUGCCACAGCCUCUUGUUUUCCAGUUUCCAACUUUCUGAUCCACUUUCUAAUUGUUUUCUUUCAACAUGUGAUGAAACGACUGUAAACCAGAUCGUUCUGAGGUGUCACUAAAGAUUUCCUAAUCCAAUCCAGCAGGGUUAAAAAAGGAAGCUUUAAUUCCCAAAAUAGUCGAGUUCAAACAACACUAACAAGAAAAAGCUGGUGAGCAGCUGGUGGGAAGCUUUUCCCCCGGAGAAAGGAUGCUUAAAAGUAGAAAAACAUGCUCGAAAAGACAGAGAGUUAUUUUCCCACCACACAGAAGUAAAAACUAAACAAUACCGCCUUUAUCAGAUAUAUCAUGUGCACUGCAGCAUGUCAGCAUGUUCACAGCGUAUACACACAGUACACACUGGCUGAGAUCCAAGUAACUCUGAAAGAAACCCACACAUGCUGAAUCAUCAGGGUCUGUUAUCCUGGGGAGCUUUAAGCCUUUCUAGCAUCCCAAUGUGUGUCAGUCGCUACGGUAACAGCGGGGGGGGGAACAUAUGGACGACACCUGAGAAUGUGGCUACAUCUAUAUGUUACUACAAGCGAUAACUCGACAACAAACACCCAGCUGUUAGACACACACGCUUCACGGUUUUUGAGUUUUAUAUACGUGGGAAAACUAAAGUUUGACUGUCGUGACCGGGCACAUGGUGAGAGGCCAUCAAAGCUGUGUAGCAUUUAAGAUUUGAAUUCCCCAGAUGUCACUUUAGAAAAUGCAAAAUGUGUGACCACUUGUGAAAACCGAAGACAUAUUCAUUUAACAUCGCUGUAAGCUAAUUCCCACCGCUUUUGAUCAUGUGUUUAUUUUCUUCACUUUAACAUGUGUUCCUGUGUUUGUGCGCUCUUUGUUCUCACUCUUGUUUUGAAGCACAUUUCUUUGUUGCCUUUUCUUGCUUAUUCAGUCGGUGUUUUCUAAAUGUGAAAAAAACUCCUCAUGGGAGCAUAAAGGGAUAUUCCGGCGUAAAAUUAAUUUAGGGUCAAACAUGCCGUAAUACCAAGUUAGACACUCGAGAGAUGAAUGCCGCUGACCACUUACUUCUCUAGUUUUACCAACUUAAGUAAUGACACGAUAGCAGUACACAGAGGUCUGAGGAGCCAUAAACAAACCUCAACCAAAACGCCACUCUAUAGCCACAAAUAAUGCUCAGAACAGCGCCUAACUUCAUCAACAGGACAAAUAGGGUCCCAUAGCACUAACCACCAAACAUCUUUUUAGCUUUGCUUAAUUUCUUAAGCAAAGACACUAAACACAACUCACCUACUCUCUUCCAGCAGCCGCUUGUUUGUAGCGAGACCUCGGGCCAGUCCAUUACGGACUACAGUGGAGUUUCACAGCUCAAGGAGGAACAUUUAUGAUCAUUUCUUUAUCAUUUCCUUGCCUUAGUGUCUUGGUCUGAUUGCAUUUCCAUGAAGAAAUGAUCAUAAUUAAUUCAUUAUAUCCCUUUAAGCUCCUAUGAGGAGUUUUUUUCACAUUUAGAAAACACCGAAAUUCAUAACGGUCUUUUUAUGACAAACAAAAUCAAAUGAAACCACUAUUUUUUACACUUUCCUUAUAAUGUUUUAGCAUUAAAUAAAUUUGACUGUCAGAAGUCAGCAGGAUGAGGUUGUUGUUGGUGACAAUGCCUACUUUGUCCACAGGGGGCGCCAAACUUGACACAAACUGAUAGUUCCUCACUGUAGCUUUAACUUCAGAUUAAACUUUUUAUUUAAUAUCUUUUUCAUGAUUGUUUUACCAUAAAUUUGAUUUGAACAGACUUUGACAUUCAAAGCUUUAAUAUGUUCAGACACAUUUAACUCGUGUCUUUAAAUUCCCACAUGCUGCUCGACCCAAACCCCCUAAUUUGCGUCUGUAAAGAUGACAGAAGAGCCUCGUUGAAAAAUAGCAGCUUCACUGACAUUAAUGUAAUGUUUGUGGUGAAAUCGAUACCCUCAUUAAUCGCCGUCUGGAUGCGUCUCUCUGUCUUCUCUCUCCACAGCUGGUGAAGCUAUGCAGCGGGAUGAUAGAAGCCGGGAAGGCGUACGUCAGCGCCAACAAGCUCUUCGUCAACGGCAUCAGAGAUCUGUCUCAGCAGUGCAAGAAGGACGAGAUGAUCUCGGUGAGGGACAAACCGUUCAAUCUAACCACUUUUAACUAAGGUUAGAGUAAGCGGACAUACAGUAGGUGUGUUUUUGUGGACCUGGUCUGUAAACGAGGAUCUGGAAACUCACUCUUGGCUCUCAGAAGCAGCAUCUCUGACUGUUUUCACUGCUGCUGACAUUGAGCACUAUUAAAAGCUUUCUUGGCUUCAGCAGUUUAACUAAUUGUGUGUUUCUAAUAAAGUCUCGUUCAUUUUUGUAGUUUCCAUUGUAAAAAAAAAGACAGAAAGAAUAGGAUUAGGGCCUGCAAUUAAAGUUGCUUUUCCAGCUCAAAGUCCAGGGGAAAGAAUCUGUUAUUGGACUGAGCGGCACCUCGGUGACAUAAUCGGCUUUGACUGUGUUUGAACAUUGUGGAUAAUUUCAUUUUCUCCCAUUCAGAACUCAAAUAAUUACCGGGUUAGUGUUCGACCACUUCGACUGGCCUGCUUUACUCUCACAGACAAAUAUAGCCGUGGUUUUGGAUGAAGAUUUUAUGAAAGUCCAGGCGAGGAAUAAUGUUUGGAAAGGUUUCUGCAGAUCCGUCAAAAAUCUUGAAUUAGAGUUUUAAAAUUCGAGUAUAAAGCGGCUGAAAAAGUCUUAAUUCUUAAAGCGAGACGUGUCGAAAAGUGAGCGACACUGUUUGCCAGUUCAUGCGACAAAUCCUGGCAUUUAUCACACCCUCACUCGCAAAACGUGAGGGGAAGAAAUUUGGCUCUGCAGGAAAAAGUUGGCAGAGGCGCCAAAUGAUUAUGAAGCAACUUGGAAGAUAAUCAAAACAGCUUUUAAACUUGGCACACGUGGUCAAAUUUGUAACGCCGUGCGGAUUUCUGAUUCUGAAUGAUGUGAAUUCGUCUUUGUUUCAGUCUUUGACUCUCAUUUUUGAAAUUUUUCACGCUGAAACUCUUUCAUGAUGUCCUUUUUUUUCCAGGAGUGUCUGGAAAAGUGCGGCGAAAGCCUUCAGGAAAUCAUCAACUACCACAUGGUAAGUGUUUCAGACUGUCCUCGUGUGCCCCUCGCUCGGCAGAGUGAGACAGAGUGAUAUCAUCCUGGGGUUAGAUGAAACAUUAAAGUGGCGUUUAAAGGCCUCAUGAGGAUCUGCACUCCCUUUAGAACAAUGAAGGGGUCAAACUGAGCCGUGUCUGAACUGAUCCUCAGUAGACCCUUAAAGCACACAUGAUUUCAUCUGUCUGUCCAUCGCUGUGUUACUGUAACUGUCAGUCAGAGCAGCAUCACCUCUCAGGAGGACUCUCAGAGGACAGAAGUGGAAACAAGGAUAAAACUGAAACUGUCUUUGCAGGAGUAAGAGAUAAGGAGCGCUGCACUGACUUAGGAUAAAGUUAGGAUGGUGUUGUUAUGCUUUUAAGUCAUUAAGACAUAAGCAUUGAUAUAACACAAUCACUUCAGCUUUAUUUCUAGUUAAUUAUAGUUUUUAUAAGCAUUGUAGACAAACACAGUGUUUGCAGGACUUCUACAACAAGGAUAAAGUGACAUAGUCCAGGACCCGAGGUCAACAGUUUAGUGAUGGCGCUACAACACGCUACAGCAGGUCCGUUUGACAAGAAACACUUCUGUUACAGACACUUGUCUUACUUUGUUAAAGCGGUUUACCUGUCCAGCAGAAAGGUUACAGGGUCACCAAGAUCCCCAAGCGUCCCCCAUCGUUUAUGUUGACCCGGCUUUUUAGCUCUUGUCCGUUCUACCUCCGUUUUAAGCGCCCGUUAUUCCUCCAGAGUCUCCGGUAUUUACUUCAAUUUAUUGCUUGUGUUUUCCGAACUUUCAUGUUGGUUUCUACUGUCCGAUAUUGUUGCUCGCUAACUUUGUUUGGGCUCGGGAUCGUAAAUCGAGGACGUGGAGUGUGCCUCACAGUACGAGGAAGCAGCGUCCACCUCACAACCAAUCAGGUUGGGGGAGACGGGGAACGGCUUUGUUUACAGUUAGAAAGAGCGGGCCACUCAAAAAAUUUAAAAUGUUGACUACACAGAUAUAAGAGAACACAGUGAUAUCGUUAUAUUACCAAAUGUCAUCAAUAACUAAAAGCUAUUGACUGAUAAAGAUGCGUCUUUAACAGAUCCCUGCCUACCCCACCUUUAAAUGUAUUAACUGUUAUCGAGAGACCCUUCCUCAGGUGUUUGAAAUACUCUGAAGAGAACUACAACCCUGAAUACCAGUAAAACAGCUCUUUAUUCAUCAGUGUUUUUCCUCUCCCAUUAAACCCCGGGCCGUUUCCCCUCUCCUGACUCCCCCCUUGACCCCCAUCCUGGCCCUCAGAGACCCUUUAAAGCCCAUUAGCUUGAACCUGAUGCGUGCUUAAUGAUGCCGUAACAUGCAGAGCAUGUGUGUCCGUCACAUUCCCUCCUGAAGCUGCAACAAAGAUGUGUCUCACACACACACACAACCACACACACACACAUACACACACACACACACACACACACACACACACACACACACACACACAACCACAUACACACACAUUCAUUAGAGUCUAUAGGCAGAGUGGGGUCAGCGGUACAAAUGGAGGGUUAAUGGUCAGGGUGGCUCAUCCAGCCGUGGAUUAGCUUUAGCCUUUGGACAGUACUAACCUUGACAUGUCACAGUGUGUUAACAUAUGGACAAGUGAUAUAUGUGUGUGUGUGUGUGUGUGUGUCUGUGUACAGUAUGUAUACAAUCGCCUCCUCUGGGCUGAUGUACAGUAUGUGUUUGUGGAUCAACGUGGCGCCCCAUAUAGACAAACACGACACACUUAACUGUCAACCACAAUCUCAUGAAAUGACUGUAAACGUACAUGAUACUGCAAAAAGACAGUUAAUAUGGUAUUAAAGGCCCGUGAUCACAUGACCUCCUCCUGUAUAUGUAUAUUAAAAUGAUCCUGAGGUAAAAUCACACAGAUAGUUAUGACCCAAAUCUGCCCGUUCCUGGUUUACGGAGCUUUACGAUGAUUUAAUUUUCCUGUCAGCAGCUUAAUUUCUCUAUCAUGGAUUAAAUCAGCUUUACAUCAAACACAGCAGCGGCGUGAUAAUAGGUCAGGAUUGUGUUUAAAAGGUGCAGUUCCAUGAGUGUCCACUUGAGGCAGAGUAUAAGGACAAAAGGAACAACUGCAAACAGCUAAAACGACUUUUUUAAACUUUUACUUCUGAUGAGUGUUGAAAGAAAUGAAACUCCGAGCUCUUGAGGAUCAUCGUGGAAAAAUCUGUCGUAUAAAAGUUGUGAAAAUCUGAUGACUCUCCUUUCUCGGAGUCUGCAGAGGAAAAUGUUGUGCAGAGUUGUUUUAUAUGGCACCGUCCUCCUUUUGUCUCUGCAGACUCUUUGUUUUCAUAUCAGAGUUCUGGCUGCUCCAGGAUUUUAUGCUUCCUCUCCCUCCAAACCUUCCCAGUCCCCGUCUUCAGAGCUCCAUUAUUCUGUCAGUGCUCCCCGUCUGUCGGACUGACAGAUUCUCUGUUUGUCAGGUUCAAUAUGUCACAUGUUCGAGACCGUAUAAGAGAGUGAGGUCUGGCUUCAGACCAGCUGGCCUCUUCCUCUGAGAGCUCAGCUGGGUUUUCAGCCCCCUUGUUUUCCCCCUCAAUGCAUUAGAGCCAAGACUGCGAGUGGACACGAGUUUGAUUGGCUCUCAAAGGUCUUCCUUGUGACAUUCAAACCCGAGAUGUGACGAGAUGUGAGACUGAAGCGAUGAGAGAAAAUCCCCGGAGAAGAGGGAUAGUUUUAUUUGAACGAUAUGACCUUAAACCCAGCGAGACGAGCCCGAAGAUUCGCUCAUAUGAAACACUUUCAGACGACUUCGUUUCUUGUUGACAUCUUUUACUUGUCGGUGUUUAAAUCAGAGAGGACAUCAUGUGCAUUAAAAUGUGCAGCGCUCCUGCAGCUCAGGGACCCCAGCAGCGCUCCGAUGAAUAAGAAAUGAUGAUGGUUAUAUCGGCGACUUGUGACGGACGUCCCUCUGGGUGCAUACUCUGCUGUACAGCUGCCACUGCGUUUACCCUGCAGCUCAGCAGACGCUCAAGAUUAAGAAAUGAGACUGAAGGAGUGGGACUGUGUGAGCGCUGUACGGUGAGCAGGGAUGGUACCAAAGCAGCAAAACACACUCGAGUUAGAAAUUAGAGCUGAGCGAUACGGCCUCAAAUCAAUAUCACGAUACAUCGAACAGUUCACCUCGAUGGGUGUUUUCACCAUUUUGGAUUCGCCCAACCUACUGCAGACCGGCUGAAGACAGGAAGUUUGAAUAUUUAUUUUUAUUCUGAGCGUUUCAACGUAUUACCCUCUUGUGCUGAUAUCAGUAUAUUUUCACCCUGCUGAGCUGCGUCGUCUCUCGCCGAUUCGUCGAUUUUUGGUUGAAAAUUCCAGGGUUUUCGUCAACCAAGAAUUACAGCCCUACUGGGCUCCCAAUAGCCAUUGAAUAAUAGUUAUUUUAGACCCUAGAGUGUCAGAUUGAUGGCUCUUACCCAAAAGGGGGCGGGGCUAUGACUUAAUGGCAAAGUCCCCUGAUGGAUUAAACUUGUCUUUAAGUAUCUUACUUCAAGAUUCGUCAACGUAGUUGUUUUCUUCCGCUUCAUCUGGGUCCGGGUCGCGGGGGCAGCAGCUUCAGGUUGGAAGCAGAGACGGCCCUCACCUCAGCCACUUCCACCAGCUCCUCUGGGGGGAUUCCCAAGCGCUCCCAGGCCAGGCGAGAGAUAAAAUCCCUCCACCUGGUCCUGCCAUGAGGUCUCCUCCCGGUGGAACAUGUCUGGAACACCUCUAACGGGAGGCGUCCAGAAGGCAUCCUAACCAGAUGCCUGAUUCCUCUCGUCGUGGAGGAGCAGCGGUUCUACUCUGAGCGCCUCCUGAGUGUCCGAGCUCCUUACCCUAUCUCUAAGGCUGAGCCCGGACACCCUGCGAAGGAAACUCAUUUCGGCCGCUUGUAUCUGCGAUCUUGUUCUUCCGGUCAUUACCCAAAGUUCAUGACCAUAGGUGAGGAUCGGCACGUAGAUCGACUGGUAAAUCAAGAGUCUCGCCUUACAGCUCAGCUCUUUCUUCACCACGACUGAUCGGUUAAGCGUCGCUUCACUGCUGACCUACCCUAUCCUACCCUCACUCAUGAACAAGAUCCCGAGAUACUUGAACUCCUACACUUGAGGCAGGACCGCCCCUCCGACCUGGAGAAGGCAAUCUACCUUUUUCCGACUGAGGAAAACUUCAAGAUUCUUACAUAUAAAAUUUAGUUUGUGCGUUUUGCAGCCAGUUUUACUCAUGAAAAUCGAUCAGCUCCUUAUAGUUUGAGUUUUUUGGAGUCAAACCUUCAUGCCUGAGCAAUCGCACUAAAACAGCCUCCUAAAAUUCUUGUGUGAUCCCCAAAAACAGCUCACCAUAUCAGUUCAUGUCUCUUGAUUCUCUUGUGUCGGUACGGGCCUGAAAAGUCUUGUAUCAGUCAGCUCGACAAACAUAAACACAGACGACGGCUCCACAUGUGUGCGAGCAGAGACGUGGAUAUGAACUCAGACAAGCCAACACUCCCGUCCAAGAAAAGUAUAAAAGAGUCUUGGCCCCCGAUUCCCUCCAUUUCCUGAUAUCCUGGCUGUCUUUGCCAGUCCGGUACCAGCGCACAACAGAACAAGCGGGCUCUGUUUGUGUGAACGUCAAACUCACGCCAAGUUUCUCUCUUUUCUGCUCCGACGCCGAGACUUUCACAACCGAUUCUUCUUCUGCAGAUCGACUACAGAAUCAGGCCAGCGAUUUUAACACUCUCUGUUUAAUUCAGGCAUGAAACUCCAUAUGAAUACUCCAUCAAUUAUUGACUCCUGUUUGACUCUCCGAACAUCCAUUAGAAAUGAGGGGCGGCAGAAAGAGAGACGAAUAUCUCGGCUGCCAAGUCUCAAAGAAGUGAAACCGGCGUUAUAUGAUGGGGGUUAACGGUAUAGAGCGAGGCGCACGUAUGGGUGGGAGAAUUUAGGUCAUGAACACGCAUUAUUCUCGCCUAAAUGCAUGCAUCAUGAUUUCAUGAUUUUUUCAUCCAUUUUUCUUUCUUCUUGCACCUCAAACAUGCAUGAAAACCAAACAGCGAGGCGAUAAAAAAGGUGGAAAAAACAACAAAAAUUAUCGUGAUUGAUGAAGCGAGCGGACGGUUCAAUAAAAUAAGGAGAAUAUAUAAUAAUAGACCAAAAAUAACAAAGAAUAAGUCUGUUUGUGCAGCAGGCUGUACAUGUUCGACGACUGUAUUCCCAUGUGGUAUGCUAACGCCGCCGUCUCAGUUAUAUUUGGAAACUACGAGACAAAGCGAGACGCGGCAGGAGGAAUUUUCUGCCUGUGAGUGCAGAUGUUUUCUCCUCUCUCAGACUGAAACUGAAUCCUUUCUCUUAAAAAGGUGAAAUGCACCUUUUAAAUGGAGCACAUCAGUGUCCAGACCUCAUAAAAACACACCUACGGUCUCUAUUUUGUCGCUUAAUCAUGGAAAUGCAUGCAUACAAUAUCUUUAAGUAUCCAGACGUUGAUUAAAAGUGCUUUUUUUUAAGCCGUGGGUAUAUUGGAGUACUUUUUUUCCACAUCCACAUGAGGUAGGGAGAAAUACCUCAAAGCGUAGUGCAGUCCACCAGCUUAAAGUGUGACCUCAGUGCUUAAACAUGUAGGUCAAAUCCCGGAUCUUAACGCCGCAGACUCGGUGAAGUUUAUCUUUCCACCUUUCCCAAUAAAACCUCAAAGCGAAGGUUUCUCUCACGUCUUUUGUCUGAUUUGACAGCGGCGCUUAAAAGUGUUUAUUCUUACCUGAUCUCAUCAUUUCAGUUUGUGCCUCGACAUGUCGGUGAAAUUAGUAAUCUUAUAGUCCGUACAGUCGUCCAUUGUGAUGCUUCGUAUAGGCGUCUCAUUCCUCAGAUCUGAUAUCAUGAUGCGCCAGAUAUCCGUCACUCAUUCACAGACUCCUCUUUGUUUAACCUCUCUCCGGCUCUGUUAUGUUUGUUUAUGUGCCGUCAAGCAUGAGAGUAAAAUGUUAUGAUAGUUGAUAAUUGUUGAGGAGACGUGACUCAUAAUUUAAACAGGACUUAAAUUCAGCGGGGACGAGGUAGGAGCCCUGAGGGUAAACGUCAACAUCCAGACUACAAGUGAACAUGAAAGGGUUAAUGUAUCAUAGCAACUGAACCCGUCUUUCAUAAUACACCAGGGCACUUCAGGUCUUUCAGACAGAAGCUAUGAGUAGCCAAUGUCGUGUAUAAGAAUGCAUCCAGACAUAUCGCAUAUCUGAGGAACAACCUGCUGCCCACUGUCCGAUCAAACCGCGGCGUCAACUCGCCACAAAGCAGCUCAGGAAUGCUGCACACCGCCACAACCAGGAAGUUUCACAGCAGUUUAUCCUGCCACCGCCGCCGCCGCCACACUCACUCACAAACAUUUGUUGAUUUGUUGACGGCGUUUAAAGAUAGCGGUUUGCUCUGAGUCACCGUCUCAGAGCGUAAUCUCACACCCUGGUGUUUACAACCGCGGGUCUUGUAAGUCCUCGCGUGUUUGUGGGAAUCCUCGGCGGCGCACUUGUGCUUUUCUGGGAGCUUGUUAAAGAGCGGUCAGGAAAAACAGAUUGACCACACAUGCCUGAUGGUAGCCUGGUCAGUGAAGACGGAGUGGACAUGAAGCUUCGAACAACACAUGAAAGUCUGCUUCACCUGUUAGUAUGUGACACACUUUGAGACCUCACCUCCUUUAUUCACACGCAGAAAAUAAUGCCGUGUUCGAGUAACCUUGGAAGUCAGAUGUUGGAGCUGAAAAUGACGUCACACCCGAGUGACCAGCGUUUCAAUUACCAAGUCGGAAAAAAGCAAAAUCGUAGGCGGGAACAAGAUGGCUCCAUCUAUGAAAGUUAUUUUAGCACUUGCCUUGUCCUUGUUAUAUUCGGACUGUUAUUAUUAUAUCUUGUUUCUGCUUCCGAUUUUGCUUUUUUCUGACUUGGUAAUUGAAACACUAGUCAUUCGGGUCAUUAGUCUCUCAUACAGGAGACUCCACCACCAACUUUGCGCAAAUUUUGCAGUCUUUCAAGGCUGGGCGAUAAACCGAAAAUUUACAGACACCAAAAUUUACAACUAUAACCAACGUCAUUUUGCCCAUAUCAGUAUAUUUGGUGUCAAAAAAACAGAUAAAUAAAAGCUGGUUGGAUGUGUGUACCUAGGCUAUGUCUCAUGCCCCUUUAAGACUCUGUCCUACAUCAGAGACGUGACUCCACCCCAUCCAGUCCGUAACAAAGAGGUAAAGACAGGUGAGGAGAUGGAGGACGGUUCAAAAGUUGUAGCAGCUGAAGUAGACGAAGUUAAUGUGGGAGGGGGUGAGCAGCUUGUGGAGUAGUUAUCGUCCAUUUAUCGUUAUUGAGUAGUGUUGUGUUGUUCGCUAACGAUUCGCUCAAACGAACCGAAUCUUUUAAGUGAACGUACUGAACGGAAUCACUACCUUGAUUGAUUUGUUUGUUUCUCACUUCAGUUGAGCUGAAGUGAGAAACAACAUUGCCAGGCCAGCAGUCGGUGAACGAGGGACCACAUGUACUGACGCCUGAAUCACUUGGUGAACGAAUCACGCAUUGAACUACACUCUCUGGAAUCAUUUUUCUCGGACAGAACUACCUUUUUUUUUCCACUUCUAAAUUGCCACCAAAUAACUUUCAUACAAUAGGACACAGCAUGUUACAAGUUGUGCAUUAAACCCGCAGCAGUACAUCUGAAGAACUGCCAUGCCCAUCACUAUUAUCGGGGUGAACUGAUCAAUAUGUGGUGAUAUUGAUUUGAGGCCAUAUCGCCCAGCCCUGCUUGAGAUCACAGUAAUCAUUGAAUAAUUGAGUUAAAAACACUCAGAGAGCAGCUGAUGUCCAAGUAACAGCAAUCAGCAGUUUCUAAUUCAACUCAUGUUCCACCUGUUUACAUGGAGGAGGGUUGCCUUUAUGAAUCAUACUGCAGGACCUUCAGAGGUCAUGUCCUCCAACAGUUUCCACUCAGGAAAUAAACAGGAAAAGAGAGAGUCGGCCAUCUUUUACACUGAGUGGAUUUAUAGAGCUGUAAGAUGAAGCCUCUCCCCGCUCUCAAGACGAACACGUUGUUCUUAGAGGGGGCAAUAAAAAAGCGGACCACUUCCACAUCUGCAAGUUUUUUUUAUACUUUGACGUCUGCUCGGCUCAAACUCAUCUAUACUUACUUUUUAUUGUGCUCCACACCUACAAUUGCCACUACAGAAAAGUGUCUUACUCAUCAUCAUUCGGUGCCAGUAAUCCCCGAGUUAAAACACCCGUAAUCUGAGUUUUAAACAACCCUGCAAAAUCUUCUAAUCCCCUCGUGUGGUUGUUUAUCCAAUUAUUCAGGCAGGAUGAGGAUGCAAACCCUCGAACCGAUCGAGCACAUGGGUUUUUGCACCCCUGCAUCGCCUCUGCAGUGUCACAAUGUACCAAAAAACCUCCUCCUCUCCUCCUCUCCAGCCUCCUUUCCUCCCUCCCUCUCUGCCCGAGUGACCUAUUUAGCAGCAGCAGCAGCGGCGGCGGUGAUCACAGCAGACGAUGUGCUCAGAGGGUGAAACAGAGGAGGAGGAGGGAUCCUGAAUGUAAAACACCUCACCAAAGGCGCAGUGUUAUUGUGUUAGAGCGGGUGUGUUUGACUCAGAGUGACAUUCCUCCACUAUUCACUCCAACAGGCAUUAAGGGCUCAUUUGCAUUAUUUGCAUGUCACCCUGUGGAGGAAAAGCUGUGCUCUGUCGCCCUCUGUUGGUCAGAAAUAAAAGUUACUGAAGCCUUCUGUUGUUUUCCCUCCAAAAAUCUUCAUGCAUGGAGCCGUCUCUCAUUUGGGAGUGAUAAAAAUGUGCAGGAAUGUGUAUUUUUCUUUAUUUUUUCUAGUAAACUGAUUUUAUCGAGUUUAAAUCUUUCUAUUUGUCCAAAUCUUCAUGUUUUCAAUCAAAUUUCGUCUUCUUUUCGUCUCUUUCAGAUCCUGUUCGAUCAGGCUCAGCGCUCUGUGAAGCAGCAGUUGCACAAUUUUGUGAAAGAGUGAGUUAUCCCGUUGUUCCUGAACUUUGCGUUUAUUAAAUAUUCAUCACAGGUAGACAAAAAAAAGCCAAAGUGCACAAUCUUUUAAAGAGAGGACUUACCCUUGUCACCCCUUUAAAAACCUUUCUGGUCCUUUUAAAUAUUCAACAAGGUACAACCCUUUUCUGUAUUGUGAACAAAGCAGAUACAAAAAGCUUACCUGUGACCUCACAGUGGCUUUUUUAGCGAUUUCACCGCCUUAACCCUCAAACUUUGUUCGUCUCCGUCUCUCAGGGACGUCCGGAAGUUCAAGGAGACAAAGAAGCACUUCGACAGGGUUCGCGAGGACAUGGAGAUCGCGCAGGUGAAGAACGCUCAGGCUCCGAGGAAUAAACCUCACGAGGUGGAAGAGGCCGCCGGCACGCUCAGCAUCACCCGCAAGUGCUUCAGACACCUCGCUUUGGACUACGUACUACAGGUUCGGAAAAUUACGACAUAAACAGACACUAAAAAUCUCUAUUUGGUCUUGAAACAAUAAUAAUGAAGAAAGUGCACUUUAUUUCAAUGUGUUUCAAACGUCCUAACCCAUUAAGACCUGAACCCUGUCUGAGACACGCCUCUGAAAUGCUGAGGGCCCCCAGAUCCUGAGGUUUUCUGAAACCUUGAGGUUUACAAAAAAGCGGAUAUCUCUGCCUCUGUAGCAGAUAGAAACAAAACUUUAAAAGUAUUUGAGAGCUUACACACACGGCUUUCAAGAUGACUAUCUUUAAUGUGUCUGAACCUUCAUCGCAUUAUUGAAAACCUUGAACAAACAAACUAAAAUGAAAUAAAGCAGCUGUAUAAAUCAAAGUGUAGUGUAGUAUAGUGCGAGUACAAAAGCUAGCGUACGUAGCAAGAUUUGAGCAUGAAUCUGAUCGCUUUAUUAGCCUAUCAGAGGAAGUAUGAUGGCAGUUUGAUGAUUUGAUUCGCCACGACUCUAGAAAUGAUUGAAAAACUACAGAAUGAAAUGUGUACAUGAUGUCCCGGUUUAAAUGUCUUAACUGACGUGAAGAAACAGUCAUGCAAAGAACAGAAAGAAUAAAAAGUCAGGCAAGUCCACAAUGUGCAGGAAAAUAACAGCUGUGCGCUACAGGUCGAACUUUGUUAAGGACUAGAAAACAGAUCAGGUGACACACCAAGCUUGGUGCUACUUCAGGCAGGCCACAAAGUCAGUCCCAGCCCCCAGUACAUCAACUGAUCUCAUCCUGCUUCCUCCACAAACUGGUUUUCCUCCUUUACUGCUGUGACUGACCCGGCAGUGAAGCUUUUAGACGUCUGUGUUCGAUUUAGAUAAGCUGAUAAAAGUCGCCUAAACAUUAAAUGUUUAGGGACAAAAAAUAGUUUUAAAAAAGUAGGUUUUAUAUCGCUAAAGCGUGUGAAUAAUGCUGCCAAUUUGAGACAGUUUUCUCCCUGAAGUAAUACAAGGUUUUGUGGUAAAGGAUGAGUGAAAAAAACUAAAGGUACAAGUUAAAACUCUGCUUUUCUCUCUGAUAUAGACAGCUGACAAACUACUGAGUCCCAUUUUAAUGCCAAGUUGUUGUAUAACUAGAAGAACUGUCAAGUUUAAAGACCGUCGAAGAAGCAGCUCUGCAGAAACUUAUUAAGGUUUGAUGCAAAUGAAUCAAACCUGGAAAUAUUUAAGCAUAAACACAGACUCUCGCUCAGACAAUUCCGGCUCUUGCAGCAGGAGGAACGAUGUGACGUUGCGUUCUCAGCCUGCAGCGUAAUCUGUGUCUGUCCUCUUCCCUAUGUUACACACUCCUCUCUGAGUGUGUUUAUUUUGCCCACAAGUCGUAUCUUCCUCCACACGCCGCCCGCGGGAACAAAGACACUGAUUCAGUGUGAUCGCUGUCACGACCGUGCCCUCUUUCCAUUCUUGGUUAAGUCUGCCUUUCUCUCUCCUCCCAGACAUCUUUUGAGUCUUAACUGAAAGUGUCUCAAGGCGGAAAAGGUCGAGGCUGCAGGAAGAGUCGCUGUAUGCCGGAGUGACCUCUUAAAUGUCAUUUAGGUUUGCAUCACUUAGGAUAUACAAUAUGAAGGCUUUAACUCAAACUGCUGCAGGCGCCGUGUUUGUGAUGGCGGUCUGUGUGUGAAGUUCCUGUUUGGCUGUAAUGGGGCAUAUUGUGGACUAGAUUCAUCUGAGUGAGUUUUAAUUAAAGUUGAUUGUGGAGCAAAUGGAAAAAAGAAAUAUGUCCACUAGAGGGAGCUCUCUUAGCUGUUUGAAGGGUUUAAAAUCUGCUUUAUGUCAAAAUUUCCAUGAAUUAAAGUUGAAAUUUGAAUUCUUUACUCGACUUGUUUUAAUCUGAAACUUUUCCUCUUCUUUUUUUUUAGAUCAACGUCCUCCAGGCCAAGAAAAAGUUUGAGAUCUUGGAUGCAGUAAGUGAACACACACAGACACACAAACCAAAAGUACUUCCACAACACGCCUCUCAAAUCAGGAUGAUGUUUGUGUCACCAUUUGACCCCCAUUUUUGCAGAAAAAACACAGCUGUGUGAAUUUGAUGAGGUCAAGAGUGUAUGCGAUAGUCGGGUUACGAUGAGAGCGCCCUCUGCUUGUUGUGCUGAUACACUUUGUUUUAAUCUGAAUCUGAAGUUUGACUAAAGACUCAAGUUUUGAAUAAGAAGUGACAGCCCAGGCGCCACUUUAGUUCAGCAGGUCUCCUUUAAUUAAUCCGUAAACUUCUCAUUAACACAGAGUCUGCUCAGCGACCCCUCACAGACUAACAUGUUCCUCUCUAUCCUGUCCAGAUGCUGUCCUUCAUGCACGCCCAGUACUCUCUGUUCCAGCAGGGCUACAACCUUCUGGAUGAGAUCGACCCCUACAUGAAGAAACUGGCUGCUGAGGUGAGUGAAAGUCGGCUCCACUCCCGAACAUCUGCUCUGAGUGUUUCCUCAGGCCCUCUCUGUCUUGAUUUGAAUCGGUUCGGUCCUCGUCUGAACUAUUGACGAAAAGCGGUUACGUAAUGUAUCAUCUGAAUCCAAACCACAGCGGCCGAUUGACGUGUUUUUGUGCGCCUGAUGUUGCAUUGAUUCGAUUUGACUUAUUUUGGUUGUUUUAUCUGAAGUUGAACAGCCUCUCUCUUUUAGUGUAAAAUAAAUCCACACCAGUGUCGCUCUCACGUGUGAUUUCGGGGUCACUCGUGUGUCACAGUGAGCCGACUGCUGCAGCAGAAGUGAAUCGAUGCUGCGUUACCCAACACUCUGACCUGAUGUAGCGUUCGUUGGGGGGUGGAAAGAGCAGCAGUCAGCCUCUCUGAAACUCUGAAUUCACUCUUAAAAACAUGUUCGAGUUUUUCAUCUGAAUGGCACGAGAUGUUUUUCACUUUUUCCCUGUGUGACUGGACUUUCAGCUGGAUCAGCUGGUGAUCGAUUCAGCCAUGGAGAAGAGGGAGAUGGAGCAUAAACAUGCAACCAUUCAGCAGAGGGUGAGUUCCUAUUUGUCUUUAAAUGGACCACGUAAAAACAUGAAGUUUGGGGCGAAAUAUGAAGAGUAUCUGCAGGUCUCAAAAAAGCAUAAGAUGGUGUUCAAUACAUGAAAUCAACAGGAAGUCAUGUUAUACGCUACAUGAAAGUGCUGAAUUAGUUAUAAAGUUGUUAAUGAUUUACUGUUUUUGGCUUGUUUGAAACAGUUUGUCGAUUGUUUUUGUAUGUAGAAUUGAAAUUAAGGUAUUUAAAGCUCCUCUGAGUAACUUUUAGUUUGUGUAUCAUUUGGCGCCCCCUGUGGACAAACCACUCUAAAAGUAGAAAAGGGCGUUCUCCAGGAUUUAGCUGGGUUUAGAGUGGCAAGGUGUGUGUCCCCGUUUAAAGACACAUAUCCAGUUUAGUGGUGGAUUUAUUUGACUGUGGUUUUCUGGCAUUUACGCACAAUAAACCCAGGAUGUAAAGGUGAAUAUUGGGUAAAAAAUCCAUGAACUAUCCUCUGCUGCAUGAGGAGGAAAACUAAAUUUUCACAGCUAUGGCAUCUCAAACACAGAUGUGGUGCGUUUAAUUGCGUCCAAAAGUCUAUGGUGCGUUCACGUGUGUAGGACAAAUUAAAACUUUCUGUAAAAUACAAUAUAACUGAACAGUAUUUACUUGAAAACACUUAAACAACAUGGGCUUUCUGACACACUCAACCAAAAUUUUCAUCCCGCUGACUUUGAUAGUGAAGGAGAUUAUUUCUUGUAAACAUUGUAAAAACAACGUUUUCUUUAGCCGCAUAGCUAGCACCUAUUCCAUCCCACCUGUAAAAAUACGAUGUUUAAAUCGUUAAUCUUGUUUCUGGUGAUCUUGUUUGUCUCUGGAUGUCAUUAAGAGGUAUUAUUAAGAAUUUCCGUCUAUUUCAUAAAGACAAAAACAAAUCCUCGAAGGAUUUUAUUGUCAUGAGAAAACAGAAUAUGUCCACUAACUCACCCAGAAUAUACACAAAUGCAAGUAAAGUUAAACUAAAUUUAUGUUUCAGUAAAAGAUGCUGUAAUAUAAAGAGGUUUUUUUCCUUUUUUAUAGCCAUUCACACAGAUUUUGACCCUCUCCGUUUCAUGUCCGCAGGUUAAAUCAGAGCUGUUUUAUGAAUCUGUGAAUCAGGGUGCGGAUGUGUUCAGGUCUCACCUCCGGGGCUCCAGUCUGCCACUUAUCCGUGUACAUCUGUUGUGGCUGAGGAGGGAUUAGACCUGGGCAGCUGGGAAGUGUUUGAUUAAUCCCUCUAACCAGGUCCAGGCAUCGAUUUAAGCUUUAGAGCAGGUCCAGAUAAUUGUUUUUAAGACUUAUUUAUCCAACUGUCGUCUCCUGGAGAUGGUCAGCACUUUAAAUCAGUAUAUCUGUAAAAAAUCACCAACAUAGAUGUCAAAUCCUCGCUCACCCCUACAGUCUCUUAAAUUAUGAAUAAAACCUACAAUCCUCUAUCUGUCAAGUUUUUACCAUAAAAAAAUCAAAAAUACAACUACUUUCUUCCCUUAACCUAUCAUUAAUUGGCUCGUUGCUUCAGCUGACUCCUUUUUUGAGUGAAUUAACAAACUUUAAAGCGUCUCUAUGAAUAGUCGGAGUAUCCUGCUGCUCCUAUAAUAAUGGAUCCCAUAAAUGUCGGCAGCCCUCCCUCUCUGGCAUCUUGUUGUUUUUGAAUAAUUCAGAAAGCCCUCCUUUCAGUGUCUGGCUCCUCUGUACCCCAGGAUCAGUGACCAUCUGUCAGGCCGCUCCGGUCAGCGCCUCUCCCUGCAGGCGCUGCGGUCUGUGCGGUUCACGGAGGGCCGGGGUCACAUGUGGUGCCGGUUAUUGAUCUGUUUUUGUCAGGGCUGUUAGACACUAAGCUUCAUGCUGGACACAUAAUAUAGCGAAAUGAGGAGGUCAGGAGUUAAAGCUGCUCUAAAAUGAGAGCAGAGUUUGAAGUUAGCGGUGUAGCUACAGGUGGGUGCUGCUGUUUUUUUUUGUUUUCUUGAAAGGAUCAUCUCUGAACCUGAAAGAUUUAAUAACAUAAACACUGCUUUUCUUCUUCUUCUUCUUCUCCCACAUGUUCUCGAUGCCGCCAUCUCCUCUCAGACGCUCCUACAGGUGAGUCCUCUUUUGUUAGUUUUCAUUUAAAUGUGAAGAACAGCGUAUUUCAGAGGAGUGUGCGGCUCUGAACAUUAACACGCCCCCUUUGAAGUUCUCGUCACGCCGCAGACAAACUCCAGAGGCCUUGAGGGCAAGCUGGAGUGCAUCCUGAAUCAUUUAUACCGAACAAUUAGAAACACUGAACUUGGUUUAAAAAAAAAACAUCUGUUACAUCACUUUCUUAAGGAGGUAAUGGGGGUGUCCUAGAUGUAGCUGCUGACCUCCAGAGAUGCUCUUUCUGCUCCUCUUACUGUUUUCUGAGCUGGGGUGCAUGUUUUGAUUUUUUAGCUAUAUCAAGGUCAAACACCUAAUUGAACAUACACGUCAGAGGUCAGUCCCAGUUACAUACCCUAUAUUUUAACCCUGUGCUCCCCACCCAACACACACAAACGUGCUCAUAAACACCGUUAUACAGAUACAGAAACUCGGCUAGUAAUACAACAGGGCUACGUAAUGGGUAAAUGAGUGAACCAGGUGAUCAAUAGUAAUAUUACCUAAUUUGAGCCCUUCUAAAGGUCCUUACACACCGGGGCCGACGCAAAUAUAGGACGCAAAAUUACGAAAUAUUCUGAGGUUAAUUUUGACGCGCCUGACUAUACACAUCAAGACCUUAAACAGGGUUGAUCCCCCUGACUGUAAAAACUACAUUUAUAUAGUGGCAUGUCUCUGCAUUCAAAACAUGUGGUUAUAAUGGAAGUCAAUGGGGCGAAAACAGCCACUAAAACCAUAAAGGGAAGUUUUUUUGAAAAUCUGAUUCUGCACAAAAACUAAACAUGCAUCAAAACCAAUUAUGUUACUAAUCUUUGACAUAUCCAAGACUGUGAUAGAAGGUGAAAAAUUUUCUUUGUCCAAUCACUUUUUAUAUUGAAAAUAGCUCAUUUUGUGUGUAUUUUUCCCCAUAUCAGUGACUUUCUUUUUAAGUUGGCAUUCAAAGGGUUAAAAUUUUUAAAAAAAAUUUAAUAACUAAUUUUACUAAUUUUAAUCUACUAACUAAUCUAACUAGUUUUGAUCAAGACUGAGGUUGGUUAAAAGAUUUAUGCAAAAAAAUUUGAAAAAAAUAUUUAUCUGAUAUAUUUUUACAGCAGUCAAAGUUAGUGGCUGAAAACAACCACAAAUACUGCUAUAGGGUAGUAAAUUUGCUUGACCUUUUGAAAAUUUUAAAAUCAAAUUAUAUAAAAAAAUAAGGUUUGUCAGCAAAAAUCAUGCCAUUUGCUGCAAUAAAGUGAAAGUUACGGGGAAACUUAACGGGGAGGUUAAGAGGAAAAAGUGACCCUUCGUGGACGCGUUUGUCACCAAAAGUGUUAAAUAUAAGAUGUUUUAAAUUUACUUAUAUACAAAGCAGCAGGAUCCGAUUGUGUUCCUCAUUCCUCGUCUUUAUUCUCCUCUGUUUUAAGAACACUAUGCCCUACUUUGUCACCCAGAUUUUUGCUUCCUCUCUUCCUCGCUGCAUCGAGCAUGUGCAAUAAGCCUUGUGUAAACUUACACAGGGCAAAGAGGGGCGGUCCUUCCUCAGUACAAGUGAUAAAACCAGGGGAGCAGAAAGUGAGUGAAAGUGCUCUGAACGAUGGACUGUCACUACACACCGGCCAAACACACAGUGCGGAGAGAGCGUCUGAAUGCCAGAGACAUUCAUUUUUAACUGCAGCUUUAAUGGAGAAGUCCUGUCCGAUGCAGCCGGCUCCUCCUGCUGGUUUAGAUUUCUACGUCUGCAUCACAAAUGGGGCGCUACGUACCGCCUGCGUGCGUCACUGGGGUUAUUUUUGCUCCAGAUACAUGCUGCAGUAAAAAAAAAAAAAACAAAGAGUAGAAAUUGUUGGAUGAUACUUGAAAGAUGUAGUACUGAAGCUCUACAUCAGAAAACAAAGCAGACACCAUGAACGGAUAUGCAGGAAAACACUCGUAGAUGCAUUUAAGUUAUCGUCUAUCAUUUUCACAUUCUCAUCGAGGAGCUUGGUGACAUUUUCUAGUCGUGUUUCCAACAGCCAGAACACAUGCAUUCAUGAAAUUACUUGUUUUGUGCAGAAAAGAGUUUAAAAUCUUCACUUUUUAGAAGAAGGAGGCAACAUAUGUUCCACGUUGUUUGCUUUGCAUUGAAAUAUUUGUAGCUGUAUUAUUUUUUCACAUCAUCAUGUAAAGAGGCUGCUUCAUAAAUGGCUUGUUGCUUCUUAUUUUUGCUGUUUUUUUCUUCCAAAUUUCUUGUAACAACAAAUCAAACAUAAGGACUGAAAAGGUGUUAUUGGUUUAUUUAUUUAUUAUAUAUUUAUUUAUUUAUUGAUCUUUUGGUCAGACACAUACAGAGAAAAACUUAUACACUUAUUAGAUAUAAAAAAAAACUGAAAUAUGUGUUUUUUUUUCUCCUUUAUCAUCGUCUGUCACAUCUUUUUUUCUUAUACUUUAACUUUACAAACAAGAACACACAUUCUAAACACAAAUAUGAGUCUGCAGUCCAGCAAAAACAUAAAAACAAGCCAGACUUACACCAACAAAUAAAAUUAAAUAAAAUAAUAAUAAUAAUAACAGUAAUAAUAUACGUGUUAUUGGUUUAUUAUUAAUAAAUACUCAUGUUGAAAUUAAAGCCUGUAACACAUAAAAAAAAAACAGACAAAAACACUAAAACUGCAAAAGUUUGAUUACAACACGACCAGAGAGGGUUUAAAAACCUCUGUUAUGGCUCUGUAGUGGAAGUGAUCGCAUGCUUUAAUGGCCUGACUUUGAGUAGGUUUUGUGAAUGAAACAGCUGAAAUAAUCUCUUUACGGUGGGACUAACAGGAAGUUAAGCUCUCCUGAGAUCUGCUGCGAAAUCUCGUUUUUUCAUCUAAGCAUUAGCACAAGCCCAUCUGAUUUUGCUGCAGAAUGUUCCUUUAAAUGAUCACAUGAACCUUGUGAUCAGUUUUGCACGUUUGGAUAUUAUUUUAAAAAGACUGGAGAGGCCAGGAUGUAACUUUGUAACCCAGGCGACCCAGCCUGCUGAGGAUUACUCGCAGCAGAUGUCCGUCAGGUACACGUAAUGCAAAACCGGAUGAUGGUGCAAAGCUGCAGAGAGCUUGUGCCGUGGAGUUCUUACGAGACACAAUGGAUGGAGUAAUCAGUGCACAUUUGGAGUCUCUGAGUCUGACCUGCAGCAGCAGGUGUGUGAGGCAUCAUGACGUCUACGAGCAUCUCUCUCUCUCUGCAGAAACGAUUUACUUGUUUGUUGGGAACAUUUGGAAGUCUCUGUUUCCCGCAUGUUCAAUAAUUCACCGAUGUUCGGUUUCUCUCUGAGUGACGUAGCGUCAUUAAAAAUGGAUGAUCUUUGUUGUGGGCUGCUUCAGAAUACCACCUCCUCUUCAGUGUUUGUGAUCUUGUAUCUGAAAAAGCCGGACGUCUUACUGCGAAAAGGCGAAAAGGUAGGCUGCAUCAACUUUUUCCUGAUAGUACAGUUGCAGAAGUGAGCAGAGCUGCUGUGUGUGGAGGGUAAAUAAAACCCAGAGUAGUAUUUGUUUGGUGCUCUGUCUGGGCAGCCUGCCAGGUGGAUUCCUCAUGGGUCAACAGUGGACCAAAACUCCCCCCUUCCUCCAGGGAGGAGGGGAGGUGUGUUGAGGGAGUUGUAAAACUCAAACAGACUCAGUCACUGGAGUGUCAAAGCGGCUCUGCUCGUCUCUGGAUCAGGACAGGAGCAGCUACAGUUCUGUGUCAGUUGUAGUCCUGUAUUCUUCCACAGGGACCCUGCCGUGGAGACUUUGGCAGCUGUAUGGUAAUUAGUGCUAAUCCGGAGGCUCACAGGGCAGCAGGCAGGUGGCACACAUGUCAGUGCUGGAAUUACAGAGACGACUACUACGACUGCAGCAGCCGUACAGUACAGCCUGUUAGUGUCCACCGUGAGAGAGGGAGAGGGAGAGAGAGGGAGGAUGCAUCUGCUCCUCCAAGAGAUCUGGAUUUAAGGAGCAGGUUUAGGAACUUUGUAUUUUUAUUUUAAGGGUUUUUGUGAUUUUUUAAUGUUGCUGGAACACACGAAACGUCUGAAAAUGAAGAUCCUGUGCCGCUGGGACCACAGCUUGGUGGGUGGAUUUGUGUUUUUACUUCACGCUCAGGUUGUUUGUCGGUUUGUUCAGGUCCUGCGAGGCAGAAGUAGAUUUACAAUCAUGCUCAUCUGCUCCGUCUGGGUCACUCUGCUGAAUAUAUUCAUUGCAGAUCUUAUUUAUGUGCCUAAAACUGUACUUCAGGGUGUUAAUUCAUGUUCUCCUGGUGAUACUGAGGAUUUAGCUAUGAAUUAUGGAUUGUUUAUCGCCUCCUGAAGCGGCUUAUUUUGAGCCGUAUUUACAGUUUUACUCUUCUCCAAUGCUCUUACACUGAUAUAUAACAACAAUUUCUCUGUUAUAGUCGCAAAACUUUCUUGUUUCACGUAAUGAAUCUGUAAUCUAAUACAGAGUCUGUGUUUGAAAGGCGAGGAGUGCACUAUGUCUUUGUAGUUAAAUGUAAAAUUUUUGUAGUACUGAUACUUCUCCAGGUUUUAAGAUAAUUCACUUAUUAAAGCAGCUCACAGCAAAGGUUAAAAAUGUCUGAAACUUUCAUAAUAAAUGAAAAAAUCUGAAUAAAAAGUACUUAAAGUUAUAAUUUAUCAAUUUUAAACAGUGGUUGUUGCCCAGUAUUGUGUUUUUUUUUCAACAGCAGGUGUCGAUAACCACAGAGCAGGUUGUCUAGUGUCAGAUUUAUAACUUCAAUAUUAUAAUACAUAAUUUAACCAUUAAUACUCAUAAAUCCAUGCAUAAUACAAUCUAAUAUUGUUGGUCUUAGCCUGUGAUGUUUUAGACUGACUCCUCUUUGCCUCUUUUUUCAAAACACAGUUAAAGCUCCUGUCAGGAACUUUCUGUGUGUUAAUUUUGGCACCCCUAACUCUUAAAUCUUUGUGAAAGUCGUUUUAAAUGAAAAAAAAAAAACACUUUUAAGAUGAAAUUAUUAAUUUAUUAUAAAGAUUUGCUGUAAGAAAAGUUUUUUUUUUUGCAUAUCUACCCCCUUACAUCAGUAAAAGACACAAAAACUUCCAUUAAAGUAUGAAAAUAAUCAUAUUUGUACUUCAACAAAACCAGUUUAGUCUGUUUCAAAAACUCCUCACUGCAGCUUUAAUUGGCCUGACUGAUCAAUUAGUCUUUCUUUUACAACUUUUGCUUAUUGCAGAAUCAGAGACACUGAUUUGCACAUGAACAAAAGUUAUUGCAAUGAAUGAUAUGUUUUAAAGCAUCUGCAAGAAUCUACAUUUAAGCCCAAAAAAGCCUGAAAUAUCAUAAACGACUCCGCUGAGAGGACUUUAUCUUUACUCAGAGCAUCAUGCAUGCGAUGUUUAAAUCAAAUUUUCUUAAGUGAAUGUACUGUCCCCGCACUUUAUUACAUUUCCUCUUGUUAGUCCUCUCAGGACACACUCAACCCCUUCAUUUGUGAGCUUAAAAAGAUGGAGGCUGUUCUUCUCGAAACUCUGCCCUGAGAGAAAGACACCAAAAUAACUCUCUCUCUGUCAGCCAGUGUUGAAGCGCAAGGUGUUUGUAAUUGUAAGUCAUGAAAAUCUCAGAGGCUAAUUUCACAUGAAUCAUGCUCCGGCGUUAUGUAAUAGUUUGCGUCACACUCACAUCUGCUGGGUUAUGAAAUGUCCCUGUGUGCCACACAGUCAGAUAGCAUGCAACUCCUAUACAUCCAUGGGCCAACAUGUGACCGUUUCUACAUGAUUGCACUAUAAACAUGCACACAGUGUAAUGAUUCGGUUGGACUGUAUGUACAGUACCGCUGCUGCAUCCAGGAACGGCACACAUGCAUCAGUGUAGCUGCAGAAAAGAGGCGAGUGUGUGUGUGUGUGUGUGUGUGUGUGUGUGUGUGUGUUUUUCUUUUGCCUGUUUGAUAAUUAAUGAGGUUCAGAGCGGCAGAGCUCCUCAGCUGCUCUGUUGAGUUUUGACGUCUCUCAUUCAUCUCUCUCUUUUUUUGUAGGACUUUUCAUAUGACGACUCCAAGGUGGAGUUCAACGUUGAUGCUCCUAAUGGUGUGGUGAUGGAGGGAUACUUGUUCAAGAGGGCCAGCAAUGCCUUUAAGACCUGGAACAGGUGAUUAUGAUGACCCUGAUCUCCAUGUACUACUAAUAUACCACCCUGUUGAAUUGUGUUUGUAAUUUAUGUAACUGUGAGUGAAGAAUACAACUUCAGCAAGAGGAAGAGAAGUAAUAAUUAGGACUUUAUUUGUUUUGUUUUGGCUUUUUUUGAUGUUUAUUUAUCAUUAUUUUGUCCUGUGUUUCUACCUUAUGCAUGCAUCUGUGCUGCACACUACAGGAAGGUGCACACUUGUGGCACUCUGGCUCAUAUUUUGCACCAAAAAUGCACUCAAUCUGGGAGAAAUAACCUUGUGAAAUCUUAACACAGAGAACAGAAACAUUUAAGUCUAGUUUCAGAUGCUAAAGGUAUUAUUUAUCCGCUGAUCAAAUAUGUUUAAAUGCACAUAGGAGACAAAGAAAAAAGGAGAGGUCUUUUAGAACAGAACCUGCCUGGAAAACCCUCUUAAUUUAAGUCUUCUGCAGUAUCUAAGUAUUCAGGUGAUAGUUGUCUGCACAGUAAUAAGGAUAUCAUAAACGUAUGCUACUCAUACUAAAUUCAGCAUACUUUUAAAUAAGCUGUUCACAAAAUAAGGUUUAGAAACAUACACAUGCUAAAGUGUUGUUUAUCCACUGAUCAAAUAAGUUUAAAUGCACGUGGGAGACAAAGAAAGAAGGAGAGGUCAUUUAUUAACAAAACCUGCAUGAAAAACCUCAUAAUUUUAAGUUUUCUGCAGUAUCAAAGUAUUCAGGUGAUAGUUGUCUGCAUAAUAAUAAGAACAUCAUAAACAAGUAUUGAUCAUACUUAAUUCGGCGUACUUUUAAAUAAGCUGCUCACAAAAUAAGGUUUAGAAACACUGGAGCUCACUUGCUGAUUCCAUGAUAUCUCUGUUUGUCUAAUUUUCUAAUCUGUUACUAGAUUUCUGAGGAUAUCUGUAUAGAAAUAACGUAAAAAAACCAGGCCUCAUUGACUCUAAAACUUUCCUAGAUCUCUUUGGUAUUCUGUUGAGAACUUAUUUAUCAAGAGCCAAUCACAGCUGACUUUACAUACUUUAAAUUAUCGCCAAAAUAUGAACAAACAGGUCUGAACGCGGAGGUCCUGUUUACAUGCUGAAGUCUUAAAAGGGGGUCAUGUUGGGGGAGGGGGGUGUAUUUGUCUCAAUUCUGUCUUAAGGGGGUCCAUGGUGUCCAGACCCUAAAAGCCCCUGCUAUACAUUAAUAAUAGAACUCUAUAAAAUAUAUACAGUAUAUGAAGCUGCAGCUGGAUAUACGUAUAAAGUGGGAGUUGAAUAUUUUAUGUCAAGAUGCCCGUGUGUAAAUAUGAUACAGUAAUAGCUUCAAAUCUGACAUCUGCUCAAUAUUUACUGUAAAAACUAGUCGUAGCUGUCUGUAAAGUUCAUUUUAACACUUAUUGUGCCGUACAGAGUAAGAAAAGAUGGACUUACAAUUAAAAAAAACUUAUUAAAGUUGUGAAAAAAUGGACAAAAAUAUGAUUAAACAUGCUUUUCAAAGUGCUGAAUGUUCCUCCGUCGCUGACAGGGUUGUCUGCCUUUCUCCUCACAUGAUUCUGAUUUUGUGUCGCCCGGAGCGAAACUCAUUUCAGUCAAUACUUUUAUCUCUUUUUGAUCGCUGCUCUCCACAGUGUUGACCCCGUCGCUCCAGAGGAAAUCCAUCAGAUCUAAAUGGUAUUUUUUUUCUCCCCCUCUCUCUUUCUCUCUCUCUCUCUCUGUCUCUCUGCAGACGGUGGUUCUCCAUACAGAACAGCCAGCUCGUCUAUCAGAAGAAGCUGAAGGCAAGUUCACACUCUCUCUAUAUUCGGCUAUCAGCUUCUCCCCCGGGGUGAAGUGAGCUCUGAGAGGUUAAGUGCACUUUAAUGGGGGGUACGUUGGAUGUUUUUUUGAUGUUAUGGUGAUCUUCGCCGACAUCCAUCACCACUUACCGACUCUAUACUUGUGAGUGAAGAGAUCUUAACAGGUAUCUGAGUGCUCAAUCUUCAGUUUUCAGGUCAUUUUCUUCUCCCUCUGUGUCUAAAUAUCUCGUGUUUAGCUUCUCAGAGGCUUCCAGGAUGAAACGUCUUAUCAAAGCGGAGCAGCUGUGUUGUAUUUGUGUCGUGUUCAGGCUGUUGAUAAGCAGAGAAAUGAGGAGUUGUUUGUUUGUGUUUGUUUGUAGGAUUCUCUGACGGUGGUGGUGGAAGACCUCCGGCUGUGCUCUGUGAAACCGUGUGAGGACAUCGAGAGGAGGUUCUGCUUCGAGGUCGUCUCUCCCUUCAAGUAAGACUGAACUGAGGGACCGAUUAUCAUGUAAGGUUGUUCAUAAACUACCGACUCCCAACAGGAUGAAUUAAAACAUCUUUGGUUAUUCCUUUACUUUUCAUUCGGUUCUGUUAUUCUGAUUUAAUCGAUACUCAUGUUUGUGAUCAAAUAUCUGCUAAAUUAGCUGUAUUACCAACAGACUCUGAUAUUUGUAUGGAGUUAUAGCUAGCAAAUAUCUGCUCACUACGCGAGAGGAUUAGGCCCACUAAAAUAAGUAAAGGUCAAAAGUUUUUUUUUAGCUGAGAUUUUUUUUUCUCAGAAUUUAAAGUUAAAAUUAAAAUUCAGUUGAUUUCAGCUUUUUCUCUGAAUUUGUAAAAAAAAAAAAAGAAUUCAUAUUUAAUUCUUAGAUUCUGGGAUUUUAAAAAAGUCAUUAUUCUGACUUUAAUCUUGUAAUUCUUAAUUUAAUCUUGAAAUUCAGACUCAGAAUUAAUCUCAGAAUUCUGACUCUAAUAUCUGAAUUCUGAUAAUUAAAAGAAGUCAAAAUUGUGAUGUUCAUCUCAGAUUUCUGAAAAUGAAUUCAGAUGUCAGAACUAUGACUUUUUUCAAGGAAUUCUGAGAAUUCAGACUAAAAAAUUAGUUUCAGAAUUCCUAAGAAAAAAAAAAGAAUUCUCUGAUUAUAGAAAGAAUUCUGACUUUUUUUUCUUAAUUCCUUUAUUUUUCUAGAUUAUGAGACAAAAGUCAAAAUUCUAACUCAGAUAUCAGAAUUCUGGGAUGAUGAAAAAAAGGUCAAAAUUCUGCCUUUUUCUGUGAAAAGUCACUCCAAAACAAGCAGCAGAAGAUACUCUCUGUGUUUACAUCCUGCUGGGUGUGUUACUCUUAAUGCAAAUCAAAACAUAAGAGGAAUGUCAUAAUUUUUAAAUCCGUUUGACUUUCUGUUGUACAGGAGUUGUAUGCUUCAGGCCGACUCAGAGAAACUCAGACAAGCCUGGAUUCAGGCUGUUCAAGCUAGCAUCGCCUCAGCCUACAGAGAGAGUCCAGACACAUAUUACAUAGAGGUAAGAUAACAGUCUACACCAGUCUACAAAAACAUCUCAUAUCUUAGAUUUGCCCCCAAUAAUAAAAGACUUUUAUCGUAUGUUUAUUUUCAGCAUCUGGACAGAACAGCCUCUCCGUCCACCAGCAGCAUCGAUUCAGCCAGUGAGCCUCGGGAGCGCAGCGUCAGAGGAGAAACCAUCCUGCAGAGGAUCCAGUGUCUGCCUGGGAACGAACAGUGCUGCGACUGCGGCCAGGCCGACCCUCGCUGGGCUUCGAUCAACCUGGGCAUCCUGCUGUGCAUCGAGUGCUCGGGCAUCCACAGGUAGAACACAGAGAAACAUUUCUGCGGUUAUAUAUCACCCCAGAGUGGUUGCUGAAAGCUGAUCAUAAUAGAUUAGAGAAAGCGAGAAAUGACAGUAUCAUCAGCAUAGAGGUGAAAAGCAGCAUUUGGGACAAGACAAUUAAUGUAAACAGCAAAUAGUAGUGGGCCCAGAACUGAUCCUUGUGGUACCCCGUUGUAGAUUUGUAACAGCUCUAAGGCAGCACUUUCUAAUCUAACUUCUUUGGUUCUACAAAUGAUUGACUGUAUGAUCAGAAAACCUGUUUUUUACCAGUAUCAAGAGCUUUGGAAAAAAAAAUGCUGACGACUGCAGACAUUUUCACACUUGGGAUGAAAGACGACUAGAAAUGAGGUUGAAAUUUGGAAAUUACCAUACGUUAUAUCCUCUCUUGGAGCUGUUAAAGGCUCGGCACGUCCGUCCCACACACCUCUGAGGGGAUUAAAGCUCCAUGUGCUGCUUAUUGGAUCAGGCUUUGAUUGAGAGUUCCAUUGAGGGAGGUGAAGUGCGGAGAUAAAGGCGGCUGCAGAGUUGCGACACACACUGUGACCGAGCCAUUGAGAGGUUUCAUUGAGAGGUGGAUAUGAUGUAAUGCUGUUGAAUGAAGGCACCGCCAUGCGGCAGAUAAACACAUCCCUCCAUCAUUCAUGCUAAUACUCUGUUACAUCACCGUUUUAAACUCUGACCGGGAUAAAUCUGUUUUUUAAUGUGGAGUUUUGAAGUUUUAAUUAUUACUGCUUAUGUAAUCCCAAACCCCUCAUCCUCUGUGUGUGUGUGUGUGUUUGUGUGUGUGUGUUUGUGUGUGUUUCCACCUGUUGAAUAUUCAUGCCCCCUAUUCUGGGCUCGUUCUCUCACAGUGAGAUCAUACAUGGCCGCUCGGUACAAUACAGAGGGAAAAAAACACAGUAUCACUGUUGCCAGGACACCAGACUGUUUCAUUUAGGAACUCGGUGAUUUGCAUGACAUUAGGAGCAACUUCUCCCAUUUCCCUCGGCUGAUUUUAGGUCACUGAAGGCAACUAUUCAGACCAAACUACAUCUGAAGAAUAGUCAUAAUUAGAGCUGUUGCACCAAAUCUGUAUAGAGGACAACUGUUUUUCUGAAUCAAUAGAAUAUCAGCGUCAUUAUAGAGGUAAUAAUAGUGGUCCUUUUUUUUGGAACAUGUUUUGAAAUAAAGGAGAGAUGAAGAAGCCCUCGAAGAGACGAGUCAACUGAACAUUUUUCUUUUGUUUUCAUCAAGUUUCAUAACUUACGAUCUACCAGGAGCAGCUGAUUUCAAAAUAAAAGCAUAAUUUGACAAUAAAGUUAUAAUAAUAAUCAUAAUAAUAAUAAAAAUAAUAAAAUAAAAUAAAAUAAAUAAUUAUAAUUACAACAAAAACAACAAUUAAAAAAAAAUAAUAAUAAUAAUGACAAGAACAAUAAAAAAUAACAACAAUAAAAUUAUUAUUAAUAAUAAUAAUAACUAUUAUUAUUAUUAUUAUUAUUAUUAUUAUUAUUACAAUAAUAAAAAUUAUACAAACAAUAAUGACAACAAAAAUAAUGCCUAUCCUCAUCCCAAAAAAAUAACUAUGAAAUAAAGAAAUGGAUGAUGACAUGUAAGCUACCUGUAAGUUUGUGAAGUAUGUGUUGCUCCACUUUUGUUUUGCAUUCCCUCUAUAUGACUGAUUGUGUCGUUUUAUUUUAAAAUCUUUAAAGUUCAAUUAAAAAGUCCAAAAAUUUCACAGUAAUAUUGAUGAUCUUGAUGCGUUUUUUAUAACUACAGAACAUUUGAACUGAAAACUGUUUUAUAUUGUUGUUGCAGGAGUCUCGGGGUUCACUGUUCGAAGGUUCGCUCGCUCACACUGGACUCAUGGGAACCAGAACUAUUAAAGGUUUGUCUCAGUCAUGUUGAGCCUUAAAGAGAGUUAGCUAAGUUUAGAUGUGAAGCAGGGUGAAAAAAAACAAUCAGAUUCAUAAAAAUAAGUGAAUCCUUGUCUCCUUUUAUUUUGCAGUUAAUGUGCGAGCUCGGAAACAGCGUCAUCAACCACAUCUAUGAAGGCUCCUACCAGGAACAAGGUCUGAAGAAACCACUACCGUCCAGCUCAAGGUAACAAAUCAGAUUAUAAGCUAGUAGGUUAAUUGAGUGUGUCACUUUUGGACUCGACAAGUCUGUAAGUGCUUUUUGUUCCUCUUGCAGACAGGAGAAGGAGGCCUGGAUAAAGGCGAAGUACGUCGAGAAGAAGUUCCUGAAGAAACUCGGCUCUACAGAGAUCCUGAUCAACGGAGAGAGGAAAUCCGAGCGGCGGUGGAGUGUGAAGAAAUGCCGGAGACACAACAGCGCCACAACCGUACCCAAAACACGGCGGAGAUACCGACAAGAGCCCGGAAGCACCUCCCCCUCCACCCUCUCUGCAGGUAGGUACCCCAAAUGCUCUCCCCCCCUUGGACUUUGUGGUGAUCUAGGUCAUUCAGUUCUGUUCGAGGCUGCCCUAAACUUUUAGCCUUUCCAGCCCCAGUUUGUGCCUCUGACGUUUUAAUAAUUUAUCCACCGCCCUGAGCAAUUUUCCAUUUUUGAGAAACCCAAAGGGGGGAAAAAAGUGCAAAGACGGGAGCCAGAAAUGACAGACUGUACUCGCCGCUCAGUUAGUGCAGCGUGAGCGAAGUUUUCAAACUAAAUCUGGAGUUUUAUAUCUGUGUCAAUCAGAGCUCCUGAGUCUGAAAGAGGGGCGUGGAGAGGAUGACAUGAUGUGUUUCUUUUCUCUCACAGCAGCUGCUAAGUUCAGACGAGACUCCCUGUUUUGUCCCGAUGAGCUGGACUCACUCUUCUCGUACUUUGACACUGGAUCAGGACCUCGAAGUAAGCCGCUCACUUUUUUUACCUGCUCUCUCAGAGUUUUAACUGAAGCUUCAAACCCAGAUAGUGGAUCAGAUUUUCGAGGCUCGUGUGUUUCUGUGCGAGACUCAUCUUUGUUUGUGUGAAGUAAACCGAUGAGCCGGAAAGAGACAGCGGUAACUAAUGUGUCCCUGUUCUGGCGUCUCCCGGUCCGGCAGGUCUGAGCAGUGACAGCGGGUUGGGAGGCAGCACAGACGGCAGCACAGACAUCCUGGUGUUUGGCUCGGUGGUGGACAGCGUCACAGAGGGUGAGGAAUCUGUCGUAGAUAGUCCUGAACCCAAAUUUUCCCACAUUUUCAGCUACAGCGUCUUAAAAAAGUUCGUCUCGCCUUCUCCUCAGAGUGCGAGGUGUCAGAGGACUCGAGCGGUGAAGCCGAGCUGGAAGCCGAGCCCGAGACAUCGGACCCGGAAGACAUCAGAGACCUCCAUCCUGGGGCGCUGCUCUACAAAGCCUCCAAAGCCCGAAACCUGCCCGUCAUGGCUGAAGCGCUCGCCCACGGGGCCGAUGUCAACUCAGUUAACGACGAGGAUGAAGGAAAAACGCCUCUCAUACAAGCCGUGAUAGGGGUGAGCGGUGCCAGGAAUUAGCCAGAUCCAUGGAGUAAUGAACUUUGAGUUUCAUUAUGGGAAAUGGAGGCUUUUGCCAUUUGUGGAGAUUGAUUUGUACUACGUCUGCGGCCUUUUUUGCUUUUAGGUUUUAUGAAAAGUCAUCUAAAGCAGUGGUUCUCAACUGGUCUGACUCUGGGACACAUAUUCUCCCUCGGUCUUUAAGUCGUGACUCACUUUUACGAAAUUUAAACAAAGCGGAUUUAUUUUUUAUUAAAAAUAAACCUUUAAAGACGUAUUUUUUUACUGCAUUCAGGCCACAUUAAUAGGAAACUGAGGAGAAUCAUAAUGUGUGCCUUUCAAAAUAAAAGACAUGUCAAACAUCAGAUCUGCAUUCUUUUUUGACCAGCUGUUCGCGACCCAUCCAGAACAUGUCCGCGACCCACUUUUGGGUCGAGACCCACUAGUUGAGAACCGCUAAUCUGAAGGAAAUCCAGCAUGUUUCUUAAACGUCCAAAAACUCCUUAUAGAAGCUUUAAAUGAAACACGUGUUUCUUAAAUUUGACUUCCAUCGAUAAAAGUUCUGGACAGGUAUGAACAUGAAGAGACUUAGAGAAGUGUGAUUAACUAAAAAUGAUCAAAUCAAGAUAAAAUUUUAUAUAAGUCGGCCACACUGUCGUUCUUUUUACAUAAAUAUCAUGAAAUCAUUGACGCAUAAUAGAAAUUUCAAAGAUACUUGAUCAUUUCGGUGUCAUGUGACCUCCGUUGUCGCUUUGUUUCAGGGGUCACUGAUCGCCUGUGAGUUCCUGCUGCAGAACGCCGCUGACGUCAACCAAAGAGACACACGGGGGAGAGGUCCGCUGCAUCAUGCCACAUAUCUGGGACACACUGGGUGAGUCAUGAGUCAGAGAGUCAGUGAGAGACGGGCUUUACUCUGGGCUGAAUCUGUAACACGUGUAACCACGGCUCAUGUUGUUUCGCUUUCAUAACCUGCUACGCUGAAGUCACGCUCGCAGUUAAGUGUCUGUUACUCUUGUGUUUCAGGCAGGUGUGUUUGUUCCUGAAAAGAGGAGCGACACAGAACGACGAGGACGAGGAUGGACAGGAUCCUUUGAGUAUAGCUGUGCAGCAAGCCAACGCAGAUAUCGUCACUCUGUAUGUUUAAAAAGUGUUUUAUUUAAUUAUUGAAAUCAUCCUGCAGUGAUUCACGUUUAACAUCAUGUCUUUUCCUCCUCCUGGUUUUUCUUCAGGCUACGUUUGGCGAGGAUGAACGAGGAGAUGCGGGAGUCCGAGGGACCGUUUGGACAGCCAGGUCAAUACCCAACCAGCAGCCCCACUGAGCAGCAGUAUAAGAAAUGCAUCCAGGAGUUUAUCUGUCUCAAUAUAGCCGAGUACUAGUCCAAUCAGGGGGUGCCAUUAGACAUAUGAUUCUGGGGGGUUGAGCUUUUUAGCGUCCCACCACCAGAUUCACUUCUUCUCUGCAUCAGAUAUAUCAGAAAAAACGAAUAGUUCCUCUCCUCAGUCCUCACAGUCUGCUGAUUCAGACAGCAGCAGCAGCAGCUCCUCACUCAGGAUCACACAGGAGCUCAGUGUCGACCUCCUGAAAUGAUGUCACAUCUAACAGCUGCCAAAAAACACUCACCACACUUCUGACCAAUCACAGCAGAGUGUUGAAAUCACUGCCAGGGGAGGCUUAGCAGGUUUUUUUGUUUUUUUUCUGGGACGGAAAUUUGUAGGACAAUGAUAAAAAUCGUCAGCAGGGAAUUCUGGGUACAACUUUGCUUAGUCUCAGAGGGAACAGGGUGCUCAGAGCCAAAGACCUGCUUCAGAUCUGGACUAGUUGGCUACUUACUUUAAACUCUAUUUGGGAGGUUAAACCAAUCACAACUUGUUCUGGAAGUCACAUUGUUUUUUUUCGUCAUCCAGCUCAGCUCAGUAUAAAAGUAUACUGGAUUGAAUAUUCUUGUAUUAAAGCUCCAAUAAGGAGUUUUAACAUCAAUGGAAAUAGACUGAAAUUUAUAAACAUAUAAAUAGACCAUUUAUAAAUGGUAAGCAGAUAGUUUAUUGAUGUUUAAUCAUCAUCAAUAAAGAGCAUAAAGACCAUUAAUAAAUUGUAAAUUUUACAAUUUUAAAAUCCUAAAUUUACAAUGACCAUCUAAGUAAUAUUUAUAGGUAGAUUAAAAACCAAAUAUUAAACAUUUACAAAGUGCUACUGACACACAUUUUAAUCUCGAUGUUUAACAACCAAUAUUUAAACCCUAUAUAAACCUUUAAUAAAUAGUCCAUUAAUAAUUAAUGAAAAUUAUAUGAACUUACAUUAAUGAACUAUCUAUUUGCCAUUCAUAAAUUAUGAUUAUUGCAAAGUGUUACCCGUAUAUAUACCUUUGUCCACAGGGGGGCGCCAAAAUCGGGCGCCUCACCGAAGCUUUAAGAACAAAUUUAUCUAUUUAAUUAAAAACACACGGUCAUGAUGUGUUUUAAAAACAGGGAAACAAAAAUAGAAAGAGGAAAUGAAGAGUAAAAAUACAUCGAAAAAUAAGUCACAUAAUCAAGACUUAUAGAAAAUAACAUGGACGAACUUUAAAAACAAAAGAGAGUAAAUGACUGGAUAAAUUAACUUUAAACAGAACUUCAGCCUUUUUAUGAAAUGAUUGAAAUCAUAUAUUUGCUCUUAGAUUUUGAUAAAAAUCAUUGUGCUUUUAUAUUGUAACGACAAGAUUAAACUCUCCUCAGUGUAGUUGGGUCCAUGGGAACUGCAUUUAUGGCUGACAGCUAACUAAAUAGUGCACUAUUCUCUGUUUUAAUCAGACUUUUUAAUGGCUCAUUCUGCUAACGCUCAUGGGUAAUGUAGUAUUUAGAGCUGUCAGACAUCCAAAAGCGCAAACUAAAUGUGAAUCAAAGCAGAAAUAAUCCCUCUUAGUUAUGUUUGCAGAAACAUAUACAUAAACCUUAAGAGUUCAGUGAUUAUACACUAAUUUAAUUAAACUUACAAAUGGGUUAUUCCACUUCUAUAAAGUCGCUGCUGAAAAUUGCCCACUGUACCUUUUAAAGACAGGAAAAAAAACACUUCCAGAACCAGAUGUACCUCCCACUUUAUAACUCAUUUGAGGCAUUAUCUUUAAAACUGCAGCCAAUCAAUCCCCUUAAUUUAAUCUGCUUUUUCAUGAACUUGAGGAUAAGUUUAGUGUAAAGCUGUUAUUUUAACUCGACAGUGGUGCGAGGAAGAGUGAGGCUGUGGAAACUGUGACUCCUGAGUGUGACAGAUCAGUCCUCUGUAUUUAUCGAGAAAGCUUUUAUUUUGAAUCAAAAGCAAGAGUAUGCACUUUUUUCUUCCAACGGUGACAUGAUUUCUGUUCUACGCUCAUGUGUCAUUGUACUUAAUCCCUUUCUUUUUUUUUAGCGUAGAUUGAAGAACUUUUGCUUUUAUUGAAGCGGAAACGUCCAGAGCAAUAGUGCAAUGACAAUUUCAGAGCAGAUGAUCUGUAUUUUUUGUAUUAAGUUUGACAACGAUGCAGAUGGUAUUUUUUUAAGCGGGAUAUAUUUUGUUAGACUUUACUUUGCUGAGCACUCUCACACACAGGAACAGUAUUAUUAUUAUUAUUAUUAUUAUGAGAAAGAGAGCCGAUACUCCACACUUUCAUAUUAUGUAUUCACUUUGCAGAUGGACAUUUUUGAUAAAUCGCACUAAGCUAACAUGUAUAACUGUUUGUACAGUAUUUGUAAGUUCAGACGUUUGUUUAUGGUAAUGUUUCACAAUAAUGUUUAUAAUGCAUGGUCGGCUUUGUUUACUUCUGUGCCCGGUGUAUGUGAAUAUUUGACUUUGAGUAUUAUUGAAUAACAUUGAUGUCCAUAUUAUCGACAGUGCAUGGACAGACGUUUAUGACCGAACACUCCUCUCACUGUCUUCCAUUAGCUGGAUGAUGUUGCUGCCAAAAACAGUAUUUAUUGAUCCCCUUAAUGCUCUGGAUUAAGUUCGGCCUCAUGAGUACACUUUGUCUGACCCUUCUGUGGCUCUCAGUGAGCGGCAGUGAUCCAGAAAGUGACGCGACUGUUUGUUGAAGCAGAGGAGCAGACCGCUGUUUUAUCAGAGGCCUGAUUAGGCUGAAGAAAAUAUUUACCAAAGACCAAGGACAGCUUUUUUAACAGAGAGCCAGAAUUAUUCCUUUCUCAUGAGAAGCUGUGUGCUUGCAGAAAUUUCCUCAGAUUAAAUAAGACUGUUUGGAAAUUAUUGUGGUCACUAACUGAACCUUCCUGGAGGCGAGAGACGACCCCCUCCCAGUGCUGUUUAGUUUAAUUUGGACCUUUUCCUUGACUUUGACAAAGGCCAAACUGCAAAACAUCCCGAUGUUUAGAUUAAAAUCAGAGCGUGGAAACAACAAAUUUGAGUGGUUUUGGAAACAUAGUUAUAUCAAAGUUCAACAAGGGUUUUUUUUGUACCAAAGAAAGUAAAUUGAUGUAGAAGAGAUGAAAAAAGAUGAAACAAAAAAAAUCACAGCAACACGAAUUCAAAGUUGCCAGGACACCCAGAAAAAAUACAUCAAAAGCAGACAUCUUUAAAGAUUAGAAAUCAGCUGAAAGUGCUGAAACAGACACUCAUACAAAUGUUAAUAUAAUUAUAUAGAAGUUUAAAUAUGAAUAUAUAGAACCUAAGGGCCUGUUUCCACACAAACAUGCAACCUAAUUUUGCCCUCUUUUUCCUGCCCCUUCUUGGCUGAUGGAAGUUUUCGAGAAGUGGAGCUGCUUUUAGACAAAAUACAUCUUAAACUGGUGUUCUUGAAUUUAGUAUUUGUUGAAAACUCUGAAAUCUGUUUUAGUUUAGCGUAGAAAAGAGUUGCUGCUAACUUAAAAAUGAAAAAAAAAAUGCAGGUAGUGGACACAGGCCCUAAUACCAGAUAGCGGACACAGGCCCCAACUGCAAUCUAAUCUAAUCCUAUUUAUAAAGAACAUCUCAGAAAAAAACAGCGAAGUCUUUGCUGCAGAUAGUGGACACAGGCCUUAAUUGGAGAUCUUGUUGAUGUAUUACUUAAGAAAGAGAGCUAAUGGCCAACCAACCAGCAUCUUGCUUAUUGUGAGAAAGAAAAAUGAAUUUUUCCUACACUAAAUGACGUCAGUACAUCAUCAUGUCCCACUAACACAGUUCAGCAAAAAAGAAAAAAACAUCUUUUCCCCGCUCUGAACCCGUCCCCUUUCUAGAGUCUGAAACAGGUCAGAUCCCUUCAGCUGUGAAAUAUUUAGGCAGCGACAGAAAGAGCAUCUCCCUCCUCUCCUUCUCUCCCCUGAUAUCCGUCCACAGCACUUUGAAAACACAGAAUCCAGCCUUCUCUAACUUUGUGCAGUACUUAGUGCGACAGCCGCAGAGCUUCGCACCGACUUAACGAACAGGUUUUAACUACGAUAAUGAUGUUAUCACUGAUCAAACGAUGAUUAGCAUCACGCCACUGAAGGAUUAUGUGUUGUACAGUAUGGUGUGUGUCUGCUGUGUAUCAGUCAGUGGGUCAUUUAUUUGACUGUUGUGUAAAUAAACUAAAACUAUUAACACUUUAACUGCUUGCUUCUAACAUGCAAUUUUUAACUCUCUUGUAUUUUUCCGUCUCUGACUGUUAUCUGUCUGAUUUCUUUGAAUAUUGUAAAAGAGCGUUUGUCUCUUCAUAUACAGUACCUGUGCAUAUUAACACUGCUCAACUCCUUUUUGUUUAAUACUCCUCCCAGUGUCCUUUAAAAAUGGUACUGAAAAUAAACGGAAGAUGUGACUAAAACUAACCUCUUUCUUCGCUUCAUUUCAACGUCCUCCUUCACUUCCUGUAACAACAUCUAACAGCAUGAACAAACUUCUCACCUAACAUACUAAUUAUCAAACUAAUAUUUCUGAUUUCUGCAGCAUAUUUUAACGAGAAAAGGAACAUGCAUUGACUCUUUCCACUGAAGCUUAAGUGGAAUUUAAUAAUAGUAUGUUAAAAUAAUUGAUUGUUUUCGACACAAAUUCAAUUGAAAACUAUAUUAAAAAGUGUCAAAGUUUAUGACACACCAAUCAUGUUAUUUUAAGGACAAAGCUGUGACGUAUUGACAUAGUUGCUUCUAAUCAAAAUAGUUUCUGAUUAAAUUCUGUAAAUUAACUAAUUAAGUUGUAUUUUUGAAAGUGUUAGGUAGUUUAAUUUCUACCACAUAGUCAUAUUUCAUAGUAUAAAGCACUUUUUUUCCAUUUUAAAUGCAUAAAACAAAAAUUUUAAAUAAGAAAAGCUUAUAUAAGGUUGUGGUAUAGUGAGAUCAUGCAGUAUUGGGUGUAUUAAACUCAUAUUAAUUAGAAAUGUAUGAGUAAAUGUACAAGUUAGAUGUGGUAGAUCGUCAUAUUUCAUAAUCCAAAGUGCUUUUUUCUCAUUUUAAAUGCAAAAAUCACCAAAUUUUAAACAAUAAAGCUUAUAUGAAGUUGUAGUGAAGUGAAAUCAUGCAGUAUUUUGUGUAUAAAACUCAUAAAUUAGAAAUGCACGAGUAAAUGUAAAAGUAAGAUAGUAGUAGAUCAACAUAUUUCAUACAAAAAAGUGCUUUUUGUUCAUUUAAAAUGUAUAAAUCACCAAAUUUUAAACAAGAAAAGCCUAUGUAAGGUUGUGGUGAAGUGAAAUCAUGCAGUAUUAAGUGUAUAAAACUCAUAAAUUAGAAAUAUAUGAGUAAAUAUACAAGUAAAACAGUAGUAGAUCAAAAUAUUUCAUAAUUUAAAGUGCUUUUUAUUAAUUUUAAAUGUGUAAAUCACCAAAUUUUAAACAAGAAAAGCUUAUGUAGAGUUGCAGUGAAGUAAAAUCAUGCAGUAUUUGGUGUAUAAAACUCAUAUAAAUUAGAAAUCUAUGAGAAAAUGCAUAAGUUACUCUUUACUGCUGCAUAUGAAUCAACUCUGGUUUGCUCUUUUUCUCCGAUUGCGGCUUUAAAAGAAGUAUCACUAAAACCGAGCGGACAGAUAAACUCUGAUUCCUUGAUCUCUCCGUCUGCUCCUCUUUCUCACACUCACACAUACAGAAACAGGGAGAACCAGGAAUGCUCAUUCCUCCUUUUUUAAUUAGCCGAGCCUGGGAGCUCUCAGGGGGUACACAAAAGAGUUCAACUGCUUUUGUUGUGUCGGUAGAUUCAGCCGCUGCCAUGGACACGAGGAAAGCAAAGGCUCAGUAUUUGGAGAGCUGAAAGAGGGAGGCUUCAUGGUGCCUCAGCCUGUUUUUACCCCUCUCAUUGAUGAGGCUCCUCUGCUUUUUGAUUUUAUCACUGCGUUUAUUCAUAAUAGCUUCAUUUUCAUCCCUGUGUUUUUUUCUUGUUUUCUUCACCAGGAGACGCCACAUACCUUGACAUCUUCCGAGAAUUUUCCCACAUGGCUUCACACAACCCAGAGAAGCUGAAGCGGAGGAGUGUGCACUUCAGACACUCCUUCAGGUAGUGGACCAGGAGGCGGGGGAGAAUCAGAAACUUGAAACACCAUGAGUCCCAACAUAGCAUCACUUGGACGCAGAAAAACAUCAUGUUCUCACUUUUAUUUUGCGUUAGCUCCGUUAUAAAAAUGAACAACUUAAAGUGGAUUGUAGUGAAGAAAUUAUUGGAUGAGUUCAGUGUUUUUUAAAACUGCAUUAUAUCCCCUAGAGUCAUGUGCUGUUAUUAGAUCAACUUUUUAUUUUUAAAUGUGGAAUUGCUGGUCUUUUCCUCUUUAAUGUACAUAAAAAAAGCUUUUUUUUACAAUGUUAGAUGAAACUUUUGAUAAAGCACUUCUUAAGAUUGUUUCCUUUUUGCUGCACGCCCUCCGUUAUUCUCAUCAACAUGUUUGAUUUAUUGAAGGAAAUACAUCAAUACUACAUUAUUGUUCUGUUUGUACUGCAUGCAUUUACUCCAUAUUAUUUCAUAUUUAAACUUGAAUUCAGCUACGUGUCGUAUCAUCAACCCAACAUCCCGAAGUCGCCGUGUUAUUUUCCUCUCAGUGAGCAGACUGUGUUUGUCAAAUGUUGACUAUGCUGGUGUAGUCUUUGUGAUAUGUUUAGUUUAAUGUACUCUGCAGUACCACUAUGAAUUACAGUGCUUCUGUUACUGUUUACAUGCUCAAGAAGCACAAAAUGCUAAUAUAUCAGAAUGAAGAGGAAUGCUGAUGAAAGUGGACUGAGAAUAAAGAUUGUCUGUGUUGAAACAUGUGCAGUGAAGUGUCUGUGUGGACUCAGACAACCGGCUCAGAGCGCCCUCUGGUGUGGAAACAGGUUAAUGAUAUUACUGGUAUUCCAGUGAGGCUCAGUAAGAAAAACAAGAACAAUUUAGAGGUAAUAUUCCUCAAUUUAGAAUCAGGGGGUUUCACCAUUUACAGUAGGGGAGAGUGGGGUAAGUUGAGCCACCCCCUGUUGCUUGAACGGUAAAAGAAAUUGAUCAUGUGACAGAAUAUUUAGGAGAUGGGCAUCAAUUCAUGGAGUCUGUGAGGGUUAGAAGCCCUUGGGUGAAGGGAUUAUUAAUUUAGUCUGUCAUAAGUGUUAUUAGAAUUGUGUUCAGACUAAAAAAGAUCAUUUUAAAAUUUUUUAUACAUCAUUUUUGGCAUUUAUGGGCUACAACAUGAGGUCAAAAACCUAACAUAAAGUCCGCCACUUUAGCUUAAAGGACAAAUUAAGUCAUAAUAGUAGUUCUGGGGUCAGUCGAGGGCACUCCUAUGGUCAAAUACCCCAUACACGGGGUAAGUUGACCAUAGGAGACCACUUUUUUUUGGCAUGCUAUAUUAUCAAGACAGUUAUGUUUACACUCAUUCUGUUGGUUUGUUGGUUUGCAGGGAUGAAAACAUCUUGAAAUAUAUGCAGAUAGCUACACAAGUUAGAGACAAAACUAUGAUUGCCUUGAUGUAGUGAUCUAAAAUAUGAAAAAUAGCUCAUCUUAUCCCACUCUCCCCUACAUGUUUUCAUCUAAAGGGUCAGAGAUCCUUGAGAAACACUAGAUGGCCAUGAUGUUUAGGCCUUUAGGCAGUUUAGAACAGACAUGGCUCGGUAGUGGAGGUCUCUGCAUGGGGUCAAAAGAAGAAGAAGAAACCAUAUAAACAAGCAAAAAUGAGUUUGUAUGCAGGUGACUUCCCUGUGCCAGAGUCUCUCUGAGGGGGACUGUUUUAUGACUUGAUAAACCGUAACUUGACUGUCUUUCUGGAAGCAAUGGACGCCACAUCCUCCAAGGCCAAC